UUAAAGGGAUAUUCCGGCCUAAAAUUAAGUUAGGGUCAAACACAGUAACACCGAGUUAGACACCCCCUGGAGAGAUGAAUGUUGCUGACCGCUUGCUUCUCUAGUUAUACCAACUUUAGUAACGACUGCACAAUAGCAAUACACAGCUGUCUCAUCAUUACUUUAUCAUUUCCUUGAAGUAAUACUCAUCAUAUUAAUCAUUUUGCACUGCAGACACAGUAGUUCUUCUGCCUUAGCGUCUCAGUCUGAUUGUAUUUCCAUGAAGAAAUGAUCAUAAAUGUUCUUCCUUGAGCUGCGAAACUCCGCAACAGUCCGUAAUGGACUGGCCCGAUGUCCCACUACAAACAAGCGGCUACUGGAAGAGAGUAGGUGAGUUAAAAAGAUUUUUGUUCUGAACAUUAUUUGUGGCUAAAGAGUGGCUUUUUGGUUGACCGUGUGGCUCCUCAGACCGCUCUGUAUUGCUAUCCUGCUGUUGUUACUAAAGUUGGUAUAACUAGAGAAGCAAGCGGUCGGCAACAUUUAUCUCUCAACGGGGUGUCUAACUCAGUGUUACGCUGCGUUUGACCCUAAAUUAAUUUUACGCUGGAAUGUCCCUUUAAGAGAAUCUACAUGGUUGUGAUCUUUGGGCCCUCAAGUAGUCCUGUUGUGAAGACCAGACAUGGCUCCUCCGUGGAAAUCCCCACUUCCCUAAAAUCAGUGUGCAUGAAUAGUUAAUCGUCUCAUCCACAGAUAUAUCAGGGUCAAAUUGGAGCAUGAAAAGGAAAUAUUAAUGCGGCUCAGGUGGGGUAAAGCAGCAUGAAACUGCAGGUAAAACUCGAGCACCUCUGAACCUGAGUGCAGCACAAAUAUGUUAACAGAUGAAUAAGCUCGAUAUCAGAGAGCGCUUUCCUGGAUAUGAAACACUGAGUAACUUCCUCUACAUUCAUUAAUCCUCCUCAUAUUUUAUGCAGCAGACGUCAGAGUCUGACAUAUCGUGCGUUUCACUGUACUCCAGAGUAAUCCGAGCGGAGAUUCUCAUCAAACAUUACUCAGCAGGAGACUAACCAUUAAACCAAACUGCCUUAUCGUCCUGGUGCAGGUGGAGUGUCUUUAAUUAACUGCGCCCCUGCUCCUCCUCCUCCUCUUCUCUCCGCCCCUCAAACACUGAGGGCGUUAAGACCCGGCAGAGCUACAACACUGAAACAUCUGUCGCCUCGCUCUCCACAGUAUGAAUUGCGCCUGGGCUCCGGACUGAAGACACACAGACAGAAGCAGGCAGGCAGGCUGGCUGGCUGGCACGGUGCGGCACGGAGCGGAGCGGAUUGCGAACUGAUGAAGGCGGAUCAUGAGAGAAAGUGGAGCCGGACGCACUGAGCCGCAGCGUUAAGACAGCGCGCAGCCAAAAUGAAGACACCCAGGGUAAAGGUCUCUGUCUUGUAGUCUUCUAGUAUGAGGAAAGUGUUAGUGCUGAAAAUCCAGCUUUGUCCUGUGAAGUGUUCUUAAAUCGCUAUAACGCUGUUGCGGUAGACUGUGGGAUCAAGAGAUUAGGAGCCGAACAAUGGGCAUCCAGCUGUGCGCUCCGUUUGGCUCUAAGCCCCGGCUCUUUCUUCUAAUAACCAACAUGACUACAGCGUGGAGCAGGGCGCGCGGCUGGGUUUGUUUUUACCGCGUUAUUGUGCAAACACAUUUUGUUUAGAGAGAGUGCAUGGAUUUACUUUCUUUAAAAAAAAGUUAUUUUAAAGAAAAUAAAGCUCCUCACAUUCAGACAUCUCUCCAUGAUAAACCCUGACUUCUUCACGUCCCGUUAUUCCAUAUUCAUGCAGACUCGGACUGAUCCAGACAAGGUCAGGCUGUUUUAUAUGAACUUAUUCUUCACAGUUUUAAGUGUAACUCGUAUUUUCUCCUCCUGAACACAGCUGCACAUUAAAAUUCAUGCAUGCAAACUAAGGGAAGAAUAUCAUUAGGAGCCCUGACAGCUCGUCGAUGUCAUGAUCUCCCCCGUGCGUAAAAAUUGAGUGGACAGGUGUGUUUUUUACCCCGAAGUUUAAGACUCACGUGACAUGAGUAGGAAGUUAGGGGAAAUGCUGAUGGAGAUCUCCUCCUCCACCUGUGUGCAGCUUCACCUGAAUCAUCACCUGUGUGUGUUUCAGCGUCAUGGGGUCGCCGUGCUGCUCGUGCUGUUAAUGUGCGCCAGCUAUUUCCUCUUGUACAACCACCCGAGCUUCACCGGCUCCUCCAGAGACGCGAACGACACGCACGUCGGACAGCAGGAACAUCUGCGGCAGCCCACCGAAGCUGCUCCCGCCAGGACGACCAAGCCUCACCCCCCGGCUCUCCAGGGGUACCUCGGCAUCAUCGACCAUAAGGUAAACAGAUGCGGAGGCACGGGGAGGAGGAGGGGGGUAACUGCGCGUGUGUGGCAUAUUAAGUGAAGCGAGAUUUACGGAAACAAGGCAUUCAACUGACGAUCGAUUUCAUACGCGAUUAAUCGAAGUGAAUAAACGGUUAGUCGAUUUGUUUGUAAAUGGAAAAAACUCGCUUCUAAAGCCUAAUGAAGCAAGUCUUUAACUUUGUUCAGCUGUCAGAUGAUUGUCUAACAUGAAUGGCAGAAGUAUGGUGGCCCCUGAAGGUCAACCGUACAAACAAUUCAUUUUUUAUUUCAUUUCAUUUUCAUACUUUAUUUCAUUCAGUUAAUAUUUAAAACAUUCAAUACAGACAAAGAAAAAUCUCAGAAAGAAGAAAACUCUUAUAGAGUCUGCCUCUUUCAGAAGAUAUAAAUCAACUAAACACAAAAAUAAACAAGAGCUGCAGGCCAACUUGCCUUUUCACAGUUCAUUAUUUCUUACUUCAUAAAAAACAACCCACAAAACAAACAGAUAAGACCAUGUUAAUUCACAUUUUUUCUCAAAAAACAACAACAUACCAUGACUCAGAUGAACAUAUUUCCCUGUAUUUUAAGGGAAAUAUUCCCUGUAUUCACGACCACAUAAACUAGGGUGACCGUAUGUCCUCUUUUACCUGGAUAUGUCCUCUUGUUGGGGGGCUGUCCGGCGUUGUCCAGCUUUGUCCAGGGAGUUUAUAAAAUGCUUCAAAUGUCCGGGGUUUUGUAUAGAAGUUUUGAGUUUGUGUCUCGUGGACUUACUAAGUUAGAAGAUCCUAAAAAACACUCAAUCUGACCUGAAAAACUCUUAAAAUUAAUGACGCGUAACUCUGUGACUCCGCCCCUUUUUUUAGGAUUCAGAAUAUGGUCACCCUAACAUAAACAUAGUCCUAAACACUGAAGCAUUUCACUGAACACUAUUAAAAAACAAAAUACAAAAAUAUGUGUAAAAUCUUUUAAAAUAUUUUUUACUUUUCAUGAAAUAUUUUUGUUUCAAUAUAUUUUUGUUUUAGUUUUAACUGUUUCCCAAAAUAACUAUCUUCAUACAUUUUUUUCACACUCAAUGAAAGUUUUUUUCUUUUUAAGUUUUUGUGUUUCUUGCAUGUUAAAAAAAUUCAGUUUUUCCGAUGAGUGCAUUUUUUUUUUCAGCUUUUCACAAAAAGUUUUUGAUUCAGAUUCAGACAACUUCAUUAACCCCUGAAGGGUAAUUCACUUCACAGUAACCCGCCUUGUUAUUAAACGAUGUAGGAACACACAAAUGCCAAACAUUCACAGCAGCAUAGGGCCCAAACAUUCCCCUGUCAGCACCACAAAUCAGCAAUAAAUAAAUAACUAGAUAAUAAAUACAUGUGCAGUAUGUUCAACAGUGGAAUGACUAAAGAAAUAAUGUGAUAAAAGGAGUAAAAUAAGAUCUAAAACAAUCCUGAGACCCCAAUUUCAACACCCUACAUUCCAACACAGACCACCAAUCCGCUACGUCUCAGCGUUUAGCAGCCUGAUCGCUGACGGUAUAAAUGAGUCGGAGUAUAUAUUUGUUUUUCUAGGGGGGGCGUAGUAGUGCCACCCAUUAUCAUCAUGAAAUGAAAAUUUGUGUUUGAGGAAAUGUUUUUUUGCACUUCAUGUACAGUAAGUGAAUUUGACCUCCUGGGCCACCAUACAAAUGUUAGACUCAACAUUUGAAAAAGCUGCAACAAACACUUUUUUUUUUGACACUUUUGCUUUAAAACCAGAAAAAAAGUACCUUUCAAACAUCUGACCCUUAAUUUCUGUAACUCAAUAAACGGGUUAAUCAUUGCUGUGGUGUCAUCCAAACCCGGUCGUACAGCUUCACUGUCUCCUCACACACACAUGCAAACACACCUCCCUCCUGUCUAAUGACCACCACUUGUCUAUCCGCACAGCCCUGUGGAGGCACUCAGCCUCCCCCUCUGUCAUUUAUCACAAUUUUCUCCGGCACUGUGUAGCGCCACACUCAAUACCCACCUGUCGUUGCUAAUAACCGUUUAGGCUCCAAAUGAAAUCCUUGGCUGCAUUCUUUGGCUCUAAUUGAUAAACCCAGGAGACCUGCUAGGUGAACCCUGACGUCACAGCGGGGUGUAUCGACUUCCAUCUAUUUACCAGCCAGGAGAAAACAAUCAAUGAGAGUACUGGCGAGCGAAGGCGCUGCAAGUCAAGCAGACCUAAUCACUGUGUAAAGGUUUUUUUUUUAAGGCAGGAAACAGGACAGUGUGAGUCUGAAGACAAGUCAAGGUGAUGGGCGGAGUUUGUGAAGCGGUCUAUAACUCAGCGAUCAGAUACUUGUGUUUCAGCUGGAGUGAACUUUCGUAAAAGGCGUGAAGUUUAGGAAAGUUUUGGUCAAACUUUAUGAGACAGGCAGCUCAUGGGAGUGGACGCUCAGGUUGUUUUUCAGGCUGGAAAACAAAAAGUAACUUUUUAUUUCCUUGUUUGUGUUUUUCUUUUUGUGUUUUUAAUUACAUAUCCAGUUGUUUUCUUCUCUUUUGGAUGUUUUGGUUUGUUUUGUUGUUGGUCGGUUUCCGUUUAAAGCCGAUUUUAAUGUCUUUGUUCCAGUUUUCACUCUUUGUAAACACUUUGUCUAAUUUUUGGGUCUGAUUGUUUAAUUUUGAUGCAGAUUUUUGAAGUUAAUUUACUCUGUGAACAUGUUGUUUUUGUAGUCAGUCGGUUGAUGUUUGUAGUCAGUUUGCAGCGUUUUGUUGUAGGUUUAUGUUUUCUUUGGAUCUACUUUGUUUUGUUUUGUUAGUUUAUAUUGUUCUUGUGGCUGUCUUUAUCUUUGAAGGCAGUUUUUUAACAUUUUAAGUCAGAUUUGCAUGUGUUGUUUUUUUAUGUUUUGAAGUCACUUUGUUCAUUUUCGCUGUAGAUUUUCUUUCUUUCUAAGCAGAUUAGGUUAUACUUGGUCUUUGCUCUCUUUCUGGACUUUCCUGGACGGUUAAUGAUUAUUGUAACUUUGUAGUUCUAACUUGGUUAAUCUGUAAAUCUUGGUUCAGUCUGUACUUCAGCUUUUGAAUCAGGGUUUGGUUAAUAUUCAGUACAACAAUGGGAAACAAGUGCAUCAUAUUUAUUCUACCCAAAACAAGAAUUCAAAGAAAGUCCUACUUUAUCUAAAGUGCAGCAAUGAAAGAUCAGCUCCAAGGUCUGCUCAGAUUUCUCUCUUCAACAUUAAAUAUAUGAGUUAGGAAGUUAGACAAGGUCGCUCUGAACUUGACGCCUUGUCCUUUUUGUUGUAUUGUUGUAAUUCACUUGAAAAACUGAAGAGUUUCCAGACAGGAGUGCUGAAUGUGAGCAGAACAUCCUCAGGCUCUCCUCACACGAGGACAGCCACGUAUUGUCUUGGCGUCGGCACCAAAACACGUAUCGCUGUUUACACAUCAUGUUGUACAUAGGCUUGGUGCGCAGCCAUGGACAAAUACGCGUCUCCGUGUGUCAAAAUCACCAGAUCGAUAGUUUAUUUUACCGGUGUCUUACAAAUUCGUACUCGUGUAAAGACCACCUCAAGCUCUCUGAUUUGUGGAGAAAUCCAGAUUUGACUCAGAAACAUGAACCUGUGCACCUUUACUCUGAAGUCAGUCACGCACACUGAAACAAUAUAAACCUGCAUUAUUUUAUUCAUCUGAACAGAAUUUAUGUGAAACUCCAGCUUGUGUCUGUUGUAGAGUUCAUAUGUUAGUAAGGAUGGGUGUUGUGUGUGUUCCUAUCAGAGAAGAUGAUGCCAAUAAUCGACCCUAUUAAUCGUCCGGUCUUUCUCUAAUCUUGUCACUUUUCUGUCUUUUGUUGCUUUUCAUGUCUCUCUGUAGUUAUUUGAUCGACUUCCUGACAAAACAAACUACCAUCUCCUCCGAUCACACUCUCAGGGGGCCUCUGACCCCACAGACCCCUGAGCUGAGUCUGCGUCCAGCGGGCGCCUUCAGUAAUCCAUCUGUUGCUGAGCUGAUACCACCUUUUAAAGAGCGGCGUGAUCUGCGUUGCGAUCUCUCUUUUCCAGAGAGUUUCUGUUUGCUGCAAACAGGCUCUAAAUCAUCAGAUUGUGUCACAGCAGGUUGAUUUGCAUAUGAGUAAUUUGACUGGCUCCUCAUCGCUCUUGUCGCAGCGCGGAUGAGACAAAAUACACAGCGUGAACAUGCAUCACCUGGAUGGAUGUGAGAGUCAACACAUUGUUCCUGAGCGGCAGAAAAAGUGGCCUGGAUGGUUAAAUGAACUUUAGCUAAAUUAAACACCGGAGGCCCUGAAGAGUCGCUUUAUCAUGUGACUAAGUGAAGCUGACGGGGAACAAAAGGUGGGACCAUUACUCAUGUGCGAACUCUCUGCGGUGGGCGCAGGAACCAACAGGUGUGGUGGCUGAAGCUGAAAUGUUUCCAGCGAGAAAGAGCCGACCUUGUUAGGUUUCACUUUUGAGCUGCACGGCUCUGCAGGAGAUGCAUGUUAGUGGAGUCACAGUUCAUUUUACACAGGACGCGCUGUACUCCGCCAGUCCAUGUAGUCAUGGUGAUUCGAUGCGUACGUGAGCAGAAUGAAAAGCUUUUUAAAGUAGAGUACAGUAUCUAUUCAAACACUUAAUUUGCAUUUCUCACCUCGCUCUGACCGCUGUAAACACGAACGUCAUCAUCUUACAUCUGGACUCAGGAGGCUCAGUGACGUCGCUGAAACUGAAAAUUAAUUAGUCAGGCGAGUAAACACACCCAUGACGCCAUAAACGCAAGAGUCUCUCCGGUAAUUAAAGCCGCUGGAAACAGAAGUGAGCGUUCAAACUAUUAAAGCACAAUUUUUUUUUCUUCUUCUUCUUCUUGCAGACACUUAUUAGAUUCGAAGGUUAGGUUAUUGAAUAGUGCUGAACUCACUCUUCUGUAGCUGAAUCUAUCUGUAACUUCAAUCUCAGACCUUGACAGUGAAGGCGGGUUUGGAAAUGGAGGUUUUUACAGACAGUAGAGAAUUUCCAGGACAAAAGAGGAAUGAGAAACAACAGAAGUCAAACAGCAGAGAAAGUGGCCGUAGUGACGGGUGUUUUGAUCUGUUUUCAGGUCUCUAAAGAUGUGCGCCAGGCUUAAAGCGAGGGAGAGCAAUUUAUUUUAGAGGCGUUUUUAGUCUGUGUUGAAAUCCUCUCUACAUCCGGAUAUCAAUCAAUAAAUCAAAUGCAAUGACAAAAAAAAGGAAACGAUGAAAUCUGCAGCCAUCAGAGGCUUGUGAAGAGUUAGUCAAACCAUUACUGAAUGAAAGGAUGGGACGGCUUACCCAACCCUGGCUCAGACUGCGCUCCAGUGUGGACAACAGUAAAAGCAGUCCUCUGUGCUCUGUCUCGAGAUCUGUCACGGUUUGGAGUUAAAACAGUAAACAGGCUGUUUUUGUCAGUGGAGAGCCGUUCACACUUCUCCUGCCUGGAUUUGGUUGGAAAGUUAAACUACGAACACAGCUGUGAGAGGAUGCAUGUAGUGGACAAAAUGAGCAACUCCUACUUUGUCCACAGGGGGCACCAAAAUCGUCACAAACCACAAGUUCCCUGUUGGAGCUUUAAAUAAAUAGUGUUCAAUAUUGACUGAUUUUGGAGUAUUUUCUUACCCUUAUUGAGCACUCACACCAAGUGCGAGUAAAAUCAUCAACUUGCUUAAUUCGCGCAAAUCUAGAUGCAUGAAUGAGUAGUACUUACUCACCUCAUUCACGCGUCAACGGUAAUUUCAACUGUAAUCCCUGCCAAUUCAGCCGGCUGGAUCAAGUGAUAGACAAUGGUUUUUUACAAUUUACCAGGUAAUCCGACCUCCUCACUCACUUGCCUCCUGGGUUUGGUAAUUGAAAGAAAAGGUAUCAUAUAAUUUGAGACACCCACAUACCAACACGAUCAGUUUGUCCUCCAUUCUAGAUACCAGUGAACAACCGUCCGUUUUCAUACGUCACCUUCAUGCUGAUUAGUUAUCGCAAUUUUAUAUGAUUUUAUCUGCUGACUGUUUUUUAUGUUGACAGUUUUUUUUUUGUUUUUUUUUUAUUGUUUUACUGUUAUUGUUGUCUUGUUGUGCACUUUGAGAUUUGUUUUUAAAUGUAAAGUGCGUUACAAAUAAAAUCUAUUAUUAUUAUUAUUUAUGUGAAUAUCCGCUCAACUUGAGACAUUUUCAGCUCACGCCCAAUUCAUGCCCUUUUACGCCCCCAGAGUAGUAGGAGCAUCUAAUCGCGUCUUUGCAUUGACUUAACAUGUGAUUCAUUCGCGCGAAUGAUUUUACUCGCGCUCGGUGUGCGGAGACAGUAAGAAUCGCUGGUUUGUUGAACUUUAAGCCGCCCUUUAAAUAUCUCUGAUGUUAACUAAGUCUUAACAGUAACAUUGACCUUUUUCCUCUUAUGAGAGUAAUGAGCCGAGGUGUCCGAGCGUUCGUUAGCUCAGAGGGAGAGAAGAAAAAUGCCAGGUGAAGAAAGGAGAUCAUGAGCAUCGUCUGCAAGACUAAUUUCACAUGAUAAGACCGAGUAACCAAACUUGUGUUGGGAUGAGGGACGCAGCAGGUUUCAGGACAAGCCAAUGAUGAAAAUACUGAAGUUAAAGCCGCUGUGAGGAGCUCUUGGUUUGGAGCUGAUAUUGGAGCCCCCUUGUGGACAAGAUAAUACCUCCUUUGUUUUUUGUCCUGUACAUGUGAAAGACUAAAAACUCAACCUGUUGUCUUUUUUUAAAAGUGAAAUAUAUGGUUCACUGAGUAUUUGCGGCAGAAAAACUCAAAACAGACUCUUUUGACAAUCAUGUGGUCUGAUACAGGAAGUGCCUCACAAUCACAGCAGCAAAGCAAACAUCUCGCUGCAGCCAACAGUGAGGACUAUGCUUGGCCGCUCCCGUCAAGUCAUGCAAAGCCCUGUGAUAGUGUAAUGUUUGCACAACGUGGCAUCUAGACUGUCCUGUUUCUGCACCCUCUUGUUUGUGAUUCAGGUCGUAUUGAUGAGCUCUGUAGCGUAGAUGUGUGCCGUGCAGACGCUGCUCUACCAUCUCAGUAAUUUAGUGGGUCAAAUUUCAUGUGCGCUCUAAAAACAGAAUUUUCAAUAACGUGCAUAAAGUUUUGAUGCCACGACUCCGUCUCAAAGUGGGAGGAGAGCCCUGGAGCCUGUAUGCACAACAUUCAAACCCAGUUUAUUAAUAGUCCAGCGUUGCGGUCAAUAUGCCAGAGGCUGUUUAGCUUUUGGUCUUGAAAAAUCCGAAUAAUUUCACAGCUAGGUCACGCAGGUCUCUCGGAGGCUGAGCGGCACAAAUAAAUACGCAAUGAGUCGCUCAUAUUUUAAGGCAGCUGAUGGGGCGUGCAGCAGCAGCAUCGCCUCUUUUCUCCCGCUGCCUGAAAUGCCAAUAUUCGGUGACCGUGUAGGUUCUGACUUGAUGAGGAUUUGUGUGUAAUGUGUCGGUAAAGCCAGCUAUGGAUGAGAAUUGAUUUUCCGGCGGCGGCAACAGGAGCAGCCGAGCAUCAGAAGUAAACCACCAAUUUACUUUUUCUUUGGCAAUAAACUUAUUGACAUUUUGGUGACAGAGGACAUCAAUUAGGGUGACGGCUCCGCUGAACAUCAUUUAUGCUUCUUCAAACUUGCAAUUAUGUCACCCUUCACAUUCUGCCUCCGCAAGCUGCAAUCAAUACUUUAUGAUUCCAAUGCGCUCUGCCGCCGCCGCCGUAUGUGGUGUUGCAUAAUGCAGCGCAACCUUCACGUAUAUUGCAUUCAGUUUUUUGAGGCAUUGUGUCCUCCAUGCUGUUUGACAAUAAGACGAGCCUCUCUGCGGAAGAGGAGAAGUCGUCGGCCUUGCCUUGUGUUUGUUCGCCUGCUCUGCUGAGCGAUUUGUGCUCUGGAAAAAAAAAGGAAAAAAAAAACACUUUGACACGAACAUUUGUCUUCUUCAUCUUUGCCUGCUGACCUCUCUGCCAUAUUGAUCUUUCUAAGAUAUCAGCAGGCUGGCAUGCACGGUGCGGGGCCAGUCAGCCUUUGACCGCCUCACUUUAUCUCCCACCAGAGUAUUAAACUCAUCAUGAACCAGAAAGCGUUUUGAAGCCUGAAACUUCCCUGCAGACUCUUAGACAGGGUGCCAAAACAUUUACCAAACACUGAAAAUCUUUUUCUCUCUUUCUCUCUGGGCUGUUUUCUUUGAGCGAAAGACUCUUUUACAAGUGACUCAAAUCAAGCGAAAUCUUCUCCACUCAGUAUUUUAAAUGCAACAUGUUUAAUUUAGUUCAGAAUGAAGGGUAAUUCACUCCUAACCAUGCAGCAGUAAUAGCCGGCCCGGACAUGUGCUGCGACGACUGUGGUGGAGAGGGGAAGAGAUAAGGAAGCGGAGAAAGAAACUCUGGAAGAAAAAAAAAAAGAUGAAAAGGGAGAGAGACUGGUGUAGAGAGAGGGUAAAGAGAAUGAGAGAAGAGGACAAAACCAAGAAAGGAUGAGGAAGGAGAGAGCGAUAAAAGAGAAUAUACGACCGUGGAGAGGUUCAGCCUGAGAGAAAGAGACAAGAGAGCGAAGAAGGAGGCAGAAACCGACACGUGAGCAAGAGAUAGAGAGCAGAAUCCCAAAGGGUUUCCUUUCUCCUCGCAGUAUCCUCUGUUUUAUUUUCUUAGCGAGGAUGAGGACGAAGAGGAGGAAACCGCUCAUCUGUCUCUCUGUGGAGAUGGGAGCAGCGUAACCAUCUGCCUCUGAUUGCCUCCCUGACUCCUGUAUCAUACAGAUUUCUAGCUGAUAUCCGGGAAAGACAGGUGGAGGAGACGUAAUGGAGGAGAUUUCAGCUGAGAUGAGAGCGAGGAAGCCUUGUCAAGCACGAGAGGCAUCUCGAUGUCACCAGAAAGGGAUGAACCGGGCCGACUCUUCCUCUCUAGGAAGAUACAAGAUGUUUUCUAAUGAUUACAAGUCCAACAUUUGACUCCUCUACAGCAAAGAGAGUCUGACACCGUGCUGGCUGUACUGAGAAUAGAAAUACUGAUGAAAACACGUGUGUGAAUAUUAACAUGCUGAUUUUAGCACGUGUUAUUCCCUUGGUAACUAUAUAUGUGCAAUUAUGAUGUUUAGAAGUGACUGAAGUUCUGGGGCGCUGCUUGUCUGCUGGUAAAUGCAUGUGCUUCAUGUAUUAUCAAGGUUAUCCCUUCAAGCGGUCGGCCCGGGUUUGCUCCCUGCCUGCGGCUCCUUUCCUGCAUGCCACCCCCCCACUCUCUCACCUCCAUUUCCUGCUCUGUCCAUUUUCCUGUCCUCUCCAAAUGAAGGCAAAAAGAAGAGACUAGAUUCCAGUUAUUGAAACAGGAGAAGAUUAAAAAUGAAAAACAGACAGAAAACAGGGCGUGACUAACAUUAGCAGAGCUAGCACCACCAGCUUUCAGUCCUCCAACGUCCACAUUCCUGUUCUGGACAGAGAUUUGAUCGAACACCUGUGUUUCUUUACAUCCAGGAAGUAGAAAAAAGGUGGCGAUGCUCCAGUUCAGACGGAACAUGCGACCAACAUUUUGGGGCCUGAAAGUUAAAGGAUCCCCAAAUCUAUUACAGUUUAUUUCUGUAAAUAUCCAUGAAAUACAUCAUGACAGCCAAAUAGGGGGAUUAAAGUUGGAUCAUCCUCUGUGAUAACGAAUAUUCAUUCUCUCCUGUAGUAACAGAUCAAUCGACAACAUAAAUACCAACCUCACUGCGGUGAUACAAGCAAGAGUUAGGGGUCGUCCACGUCAUUUGGAUUCAUCCUCAGGGGAACAUGAAUGUCUAAAACAAGUUUUAUUCACUUCAGUCUGUUGAUGACAUGCUGUUAAGCAGAUAAAGGGAACAAGUUUGACUCAUAGGUUAAGUGUGAUUCAUCAUCUGGGGACCACAAAUUUCUGAAAUCAGUUUUAAUCCAGUGCAGUAAGGAGGUGAUAACUUAUUUUACUGGAUAAUAAAAAAAACUCUCCUUCGAGUGGUGCUGAAUCUCCAAUCAGAUGCUAAUCAUAGUUGUUAAUCCUCUGGGGACCAUGACCAUUUGUACAAAGUUGCAGUCUAAUGCAUUACAAAGGUGAACAAUUGGAUAUUUUACAAGAUUACAAAGAAUGUGUCCGUUUGUUGAAGCUAAAUCUCAAAUCAGAUGAUCCACAGAUCUUGUUGGGUUCAUUCUCUGUGAUAACGCAUAUUCAUUGUAUUCUUUCGUCUCAUAGCAGUUCGAUCUACAACAUAAAUGCCAACUUGCUGCGAUGCUACAAACUAAAGUUAGGGGAUCACUGAAGUAAUUUGGGUUCAUCCUCUGGGGAACAUGAAGUUUUCUUCCAUUUCCUCUGUAAACAAAGAGCUUUUUCAGGCGGACUGACUAACAUAUUUAACCUGCAUAUACGCGAGGUUUUAUCUGAGCAGGAAGUGUGUUUGCUCAUCCUCUGGUGGCCAUGAAUAUUUGUUCUUGGUUUUAUGACCAUCUGUCAGAUGUUUGCUGAAGAAAACCAGAAGACAGGCCAACUCAGUCUUUACAAACUUUGAUUCUCAGGAGCAUUAACACUCGCAUGACAAAAAAACCCAAAACAGAAUAACUAAACCAGCUUUAGGAAAUCCCUCUGAGACGGCAGAAGGAAUUUACAAAGCAGAUCCUCCUGCACUACCUCUGGAAGGAGUCCGUUUUAGACACACUGUAUCCGAGCUGGAAAUACUCACCGACUGGGUACACUUUGCCUGGAGGCAUGAGCCAAGGAGAGCGAAGCCAUCUGUGCCGAAGAGACAUGACAAGGCAUCCCUCUCCCAACCACAGCUUUAGUGACAGCUGGAGAAGUGAGAUGUUUAAUAUUUCAUCUCAGGCAGUCACAUCUUCAAUGGUUCUCUCCGAGCAACAAAGCCAUUUUUCACCGUUCAUUAGGAUUUUUCUAAGCAAUCAGCCAGCUGGAUAGCGAGACAGAAAUCUCCCCAAUUAGGCCGAUAUGGCCGAGGAUUUUGUCGUCAUUUAAUCUAAACUCUCAGUGUUAGUGAAGUCCUCUGCUCCGUGUGUGUGCGCUUAAACCUUUGUGUGCGUGUGUGAGGUCUGAGGUUUAAAUUGCAGAGAGACCUGGACAAAACAUUAGUGAGAGAUAACCCUAUUUUUUUUCAUGCAGGAACCUUGUUAGAAUACUAACAGAGCUGCGAUCAGACUGAAGAGAGAAGAAUGGUGGUUUCGUUUUGCCACAUUGGUCCCAAUAGGGACAUAGUCUUGGAUUCCAACUUAUCUCCUGUGCAUUCUGCACCCGCCAAACAUAACACAGCUCCGGGCUCUUUCAAAUGCAGGCCUGGAAAGCAAUUAUGGAUGAAGAGUGGGAGGAGGAGGGGGGACGUUACCUCUCGAUAAGCAUUCCCUCGUCGGGGUAAUCUCACACUCACUGCCUUUUGGCAUUCUGUAGUUAGGGAAUCACUGGGGAAGUCAUAUAUUUUCUUCAACGUAAAGGAAGGAGAAGGAGAAAUUUCUUCAGGCCGAUGUCAAGAGAUGGAUGGUGAUUUCAUGCUUCCCCGUGUUUUAACCUUCAGUGCGUGGUAAGCUGCAGCCUGUGGGCUGCUCUCGUUAUUUGACCCCUGAGAGACCUGUGAGGGAUCUGAAAAGGUUAAAUUAUGAUAAAUGGAUGAUACCUUUUGGCACAACGCGGGGAGAUAGAUGACAGGCUGCUGCUGCUGCUGCUGCCUUCAACCUCAUCGAGAGCGAAAGCAAAGACUCGGCAAGCAGGGAGCAUCACAAUAAAACCCAAUUUCUUUACUUCUCCUUCCUCUGGCUCCAAACAGGCACCAAGUCUGCAACAUUACUCAGCUCUUUAGCCGUGAUUAAUGAGCACGUCCUCCGUGGUGAGAGAGCAAAAUGAUCACACUCCUGUUUUGGCGCAAUUUCUUUUUCAGUGCUCCGAGCGUUUCUCUCUCAGAUUAGGAACUUACUCGGGUAGCGAGGUUAUUAAUUCAGCAGACCUGCAGUUUGCUAAAACGAUGAACUCCUUGAACAAAGAAAAGCAGAAGUUAGUUUUGUGGCGAGAAGAAGUCAGAGAAUAUCAGCCGCUAAUCUUUGUGUCCUCCAUGACUGUGCAGGUUAUGAAUCACUUAAAGCAGACACAGAUGACUUCAUCUAAAUUUUCUAGAUCAAUAUACGACUAAAAGAAAAAAACAUGAAUGCAAAGAGACACAACAUGAAUGUAAAUAACAACACGACACGGAAGUAAUCUUGUAGUGGAAUCAGAAAUGGACAAACUACUGCCAGCAUAAAGUUCGCUCGCAAAUAUCCUCUUUCAUAAAUAUCGUAUUGCGAUCAUAACAAUAAGCAAUGGAAAUUUGCAACAAACUACCUACGUUUACUACAACGUUUACCUACUUUUUCCAACUCUCCAGACUCUCCAUCCACAGCGUGUCCGUCAGUAAUAAUAGCCUGUCAGAAACGUGAGCAGUAGUUUGCCCAUUUCUGAUUCUGCUGCAAGAUUACUACCGGUGUCGUUAUUUGCGUUCCUGUUGUGGCUGUUUGCAUUCAUGUUUUUGUCUUUUGCAUAGUGUUGUGAAUAUGCAAAUUUCUUGACACUUCCCAGCCACCGUAGCAUGCCGUCAAACUGCGCUAUGCUUCAAGAUGCCAUCUGUUUCUACGCUUGUUUACAUCCGGGUAGUAGUCAUUCAACAGCUCCAACCCUGGCUGGUAUCUGUGCAUUAGGGAUGCACCGAUCCAAUAUUUGAUAUCGAUAUCGGUCCCGAUACUGAAGUAAAUUCUAGAUCAGGUAUCGUGACAAUGGCCUGAUGCAUAGGGGCCGAUCUAUUCAGCCUAACUCUAUGUUAUGCGCCUUGAGUGGCAUCCAUGAGUAAACACAUUGUUUUCAAAAUGGAGUGAGCGAAGAGGUCUGCUAUCUUGAACUUUAUCACACAACCUCAGCCUACAAUCUUGCAGUAAACUUUUGAGGGGUGGUGGUAAAACUUCAGGUUACAACAAAAGGUCAUUCAGCGCGGCUUUUCUGUCUCAGAACUGGAUCAGUAUCCGCUGAUACUAAACUAGAUAUCUGUAUCGGUAUCAAAGGUGAAAAAAGCGGAUCGGUGCAUCCCUACUGUGCAUGAGGUCGAGGCUGGAAAUAAACUUGCUGUUCAACGGUGCCUCUUAAAGGAAAACUCGUCCUCAGUUAAAAGAGUUAAAAACAAUAAUAAAAAUAUCAAAAAACUUUCUGAAGCUUUAGCACUUCCAUACGUCUGUCAUCCGUCUUGAAUACGAAGAGCACUCAGCGUGAGUCGAUAUCCAAGCGUAGGCGCUGAAAUCAGGACUGAUAGCAAAACCUCUGAGAACUCGUCAAGCGAGUGUUGAUGUUUAAAUCCCCUGAAGAAGAAAGAGAUGCCUGUAGCCUCCUCGUGUUUUGCUGAUACGACAAGAAAUACUCCCCUGUACUGCAAUGUUUACACUCAGUCAAAGCUCUUCCUAUCACAUUGCGGACUUUGUUCUGUUUCCCAUCAUCCCUCCAUUGAGGCGCCAGUGUCAUGGCGGUUCAUAGACAGUUCUUUGGUCUCGUACUCUGACUGACGAGUCUGCUGAUCACACCGUCAGCGGUGUUGUGGAGUAAGCAUCUUUCCUGGGCGCUCACAAAGCUGCUUCCAUCUCUUUUUUCCUCCUCUCUGCUGCAGGGAAUUCACAUUAAUUCAGGUUACACCAACAACCGGGUUUUUAAAGGGACCCCGGGUCUCUGUAGUGUAAAUCAGACACUUUAAAUAGUCCUUACCGUCUCAGCACACGCUCACAUGGAGGGUCAGUGGAAAGGGGAAAAAACUGGGAACAAAUUGGAGGAAUCAUUUGAAUACAUGUUUGGACACAACCCAGAGAAAACCUGGACCCAGACCAGUUUAAGGGGUGAGAAGUCCCAGUUCAGACUUUUAGAUCUUGACCUGAAUGAACAUCUAUAUCUGGGAGUUUUUCAUGUGACACCACUUUAACCAAAAAGAGAUGUUUGGGAAUAUUUCUUUUGUGAAAGGGGACGCUCAGGGACACGGUGAACUAGUACAGAGCAGCUGCCCUGCAGGCUCACAGUGACCCCAUAACAUUUCUAAUUAGGACUGCGCCCACUUUGCGUUUCUGUGAUCGAAUCUGAUUUGGCUUUUUCGGUGCAAAGCUUCAACUCUCCCUCGCCGUCGUCUCUUUUACGCGGGUGUAAGCUUUAGUCUUGUGUUUGACCUUUUGGACUCAUGUUUUUUUAGUAAUUUCAUUCAUGAUUUGAUGCAUCAGAUUUCCUCAGAGUCACAGAAAGAUCGAGAGGCUCCGCUGCUUUUAUUUUGCAAUAAAAAGAGUUUCCGUUCUGCAGCCAAUGACUCAUUUACCAAAGGAGAAGAGGUGGCACUAAAGGCUGGUUAUAAAGUGGUUUAGCAGACUUGAAAAACAGGGAUGUUCAAAAGCGACUUAUUCUUGAGUCAUUUGAACAGAAAUUAAAUUAGAAAACAUUUUUUUUAAAGUCAGAAUUGUGCACAAUUUAGUCCAAAUGGUUUACAGCAAUUCAUAGAGUCUGCAUGUAAACACAAGUGCAGCCAAGUUUGCAGAGCUAGCUCCACCAAGCUUUGGUGCAAAUGCAUGUGCUGGUUACUCUCCAGUUGAGCAGUUGCAUGUCAUUUUAAGGCUCUCCUCACACGAGGACGGCCCUGUAUUGUCUUGGCGUCGGCACCAAAACAUGUAUCACUGUUUACACAUCGUAUUGUUCAUAGGCUUAGUGCAUUUAUAUGACAACGCAAAAUCGGGUUUGGCUUGCCCGUCUGGUUGCCCAACUACGGCAUGAAGACGAAUACCCAGAUAUCCACCUGCAGACCUGUUUUUAAAAAAGAUGCAGAGUCAUGCACAAAUAUGCGUCACCGUGUGUCAAUAUAACCAGAUCGAUAGUUUCUUUUAUCUGUGUCUUACAAAUUCGUACUCGUGUAAAGACCACCUAAGUCGAGUACAGCGUUUAAAGACUAGAUGUUGCAGAUUUGACGGACAGAUUUCAGUCAGGUGUCAGAUUAUGUUCAGUUUAUAUUCAACGGAUCUUGUCCGAGGGCUGUGACUGAUCUGAAGCCGCCUUCUUGAGUUUCAUUAAACACAAGUCAGAUAUACCUUAGCUUGCAGAAAAAUUGACAUUUAGUGAUUAAAAUUUAAAAGUCAGAGUGUUGCGCCGACAAUCACUCUGUUAUGAUGUGAAGGUCUCCUGAGGGAUUGUUUUAUGGAGAUGUUUCCCGUAAGAAUGCUGUAAAAAUCUGCUCAUAAAACCCGAGUACCUGUUAGAAAACAGAUCAGAAAUGAAGCCUCAGAGUAAAACAAACUAAAGGAACGAAACUGUCCUCCAGUGAAGUGUCCUAGGGAGAUUUCUAGGAGCACAUCUGUGGCUCCGAAACAUUGUAGGGAAGGUGAAUGGAGAGUCCUUCAGUCCAGAGUAAACUUUCCUUUUUCUGAUUGCUCUGAAAAAAAAACUCUCCUCACUGCUGCCAAAGCAGAGGAGUCGGUGUUGUUCUGUAGAGAGCAUCGACUGAAGAACAAGCAGUAAUUUCAGGAGUGUGGAGGACAGAAUUUGUCCUUCCAGCUCUGACACGGUGUGAACAUGUGUGACAACAGGCAAUCACUGUGGAAGUCUGCUGCGACUGUGGCUUUGUUUGCUUCAGUUUUUCAAGCUAAGCCCUUCACACCUGCGAGGAAAUAAAAACCCUCGCCAUCACGGCCUCAGAUUCCAACUUCACUGAGAUCUUGAACGAGCCUGAAUGGGAGCAAGUGGGUCACAUUGACAUGUAGGUCACCAGUGAGGUUUUUAUUAUUUUCAGCACAGCUAAAUUGAUUUUCGGAGGGGAGGGGGCCCAGAGUGGAAAGAGCUCCCAGACUCAAUUUUAUGACUUUGAAAUCAACAGUAGUUACACAGUGUGCCAUAUAGUCCAGUAUGAAUGUUUACGAUGUCUGUUUAUAGAGAAAAGUAUGACUGUACAGAUGAGAAGUAUUUGUAUUUUUUUACUUUUUUAAAAGAAAAAACACAUGGCCCAUCAUUUUCCCACUCAUGGUGGUAAAUACUACAUCACCCAUGAGCCUCAGCUGCUAUUGAAAGGCAAAAAGCAAGAUUAAGAGGUUUUAAACAAACUGUAGUUGUUGUUUUUAAGACUCAAAAAAGGGGGAUUAAUUUAAUCUGUGGAUCUGGGGUGAGCUCCGGCUGCAAUAAUCCAAUAUGUGAGUGAAAUGAUUAUAAGCAAUUUACAAGGUCUUAUUCACAGUAAUCCUUAUUUCUAGAAUCUUGAUUUAAAGUGUUACUGAUGUAAUACGAAAACUGUAAGACACCUUAACAAUGGUUGUUACAGUGGAGACAGAGGGGGGAAGCUAAUAAACUCCAUGUGGACAGAUGCCCUGGCCACCCUUUGCCUGGUUAGUGCCACCCCAUUUUAAAAGUCUGGAUACACCCCUGCAGGCGGCACAAGGGAAACAGUGGGAGGUACUAUCAGGAUGUCAAAUUUGCACAACAACAAAAAAAUUCUGCAGGGUAAUAUUUCUCUGCAGAUUUUUAGAGAAUGAGAAGAAACGUAGCUGCACUUUCACCUCUAUCCCAGAAAGACAGCAAAAAAACGACUCUGCUGCUGGAGAGGAUUCAAGGUCUGCUGAAGCAAACUUGAUCAGGAUGAAGUUUAAAGCAGUUUAAGAAAACUUUCACCACACUGACAGACAGAGAGGACCCUGCGGCUUCUACUGGCUAUAAAUAUAUGGAAAUAGUGACAACAAAGUCUAGAGGGUAUGUGUAGGAUGACAUGAGCAUUAUAACACUGAAAUAUGAAGACAUCUCCACAGCCUUACAUGUCUAGAAACUCUGGUAAAUGGUUAGAUUAACAGCGGUCUCUUUUUCUCUCUCUGUCUCAGUGCAGCAGGCUGGCAUUGACAGGCUGUCUCUCGGUGCACAAUCCUAUAAAUACUUAAAUUAAUUGCUUUAGAAAUGUAAAUUUAAUCCAUUAGGGGUUUUUUUUGUUGUUGUUGCUUGUCAAAAUGGACGUUGCGUAUAAAGCUUGUCUAAAUCUAAGAUACUUGAAUACUUUUUAAUACCAUAGGGUUUAAACAGUGCCCAUGUGAAGUAAACAGAACAGCCAAAGUAAAAAGAAAGGACUAGAAAUUAUUAGUUUCACUGUGGUUAGGUUUUCAGGAACUUUAAGUUACGUCCACACCCAUUCUCAUGCUGGGAGGUGCAGAUCUGGUCUGUUUGUGGUCAGGCUCCUUCCUGUUGCUGUUUAUAUCUCUCAGCCCAAACCUCCAUCACCUGAUGUUAUCUCACAUGUUAUGUUCAGACGCCAAUGAUUCCACGUGGUUCCUGUAUUCCUGUAUUUCCUUCUCUCUGAGGAAAACUUUUAUUUCGUAACUUUUUAUGUGAGUCAAAAAUCCAACGCAGCAGCAUUAAACAGUCUGGCUUCCUUUUUAAUGAGUUAUGGUUGACUUUAAGCUCCUGUAAGGACUUUUUUUAAUUUAAUGAAAAAGACUGAAAUUCACAUUGAUGCCUUUUUAUCACAUACAAAAGCAAAUAAGACCUCCAGGAAUGAUACUGACAAUUGUUACGUGUUUUUUAAUGCCUGAAACUGGCGCAAAAGGGUCGGUGUACGUUGAGCUGCAAAAGGCACAGCUAAGGGAGGUAGAGGGCAAGAUAAGCAAAGACUGUUUUGUCCACAGGGGGCGCCAAAGUUGGCACAAAACAAAGUUUUUCACUGGAGCUUUAAACGUGUUUUUUAUUUUGAAAGUUAAUUUCAUGUCCACCUAAGCUGUGAGAACUUUUACUCAUCCUUAUAAAUAAAUGUAUCCCGAAAUUGACCUUCCUCUAGUGAUCAGUUAUGGCUAAAAUUUAAAAAGAUAAUGUUGAAAAAAAGUUCUAUAAAAGUCAGUAAUCUAUUCAUGUUUAAGCAAGAGAACAAACAGACUGCAUUUAAAGAAAAUGGAAAUUUCCUUUUAUUUAUUAAUUUGAUAUAAAAAGAUCCUUCCAUGUCACAGUUCUGUGACAGAAACAAACACUGCACGGCUCCGGCACUGACAUGAUUUAUGUUUGAGUCAGACAGCCUUCAAAAGGUUCUGAACAAAUGUGUAAAAAUAAUGUUUCACAUCAUUAAAGUACAGCUUGUGAGGCCUUGUUUUAAUGAUGCUGUUAAUGGACCUGACCCUGGGAGCAAAAACAGACUCACCUUGAAAUCAAUACACUUUAACUUUCAAACACCGAAUGAGUUUUUUUUUUUCCUUUCAACUUCACUUUGUUUCAUUUUAAUUGCUUUACUGAAUCCUUUCAAAGUGUUCGCCCCACAUGGCACAUUUUAGGGCUUAUUAUACACUCUGGUAUUCAUGUCUACUUUGAUUAAUUAUCUUCAUUUACCUGUCAAAGCCUCAACCAUGUUUGGGAAAUUCUAACAGCAAUUUGUUAAUCCGGUCGUGUCACUGCCCAUGGUUUUAUUUUUCUAUUUUUCCUUCGAUUGCUUUAAAACUUUUGAGCCACCUCUUUUAACUGUAUUUCUAUUAAUUAUUUACAUUUUCUCUGAUGAUCACAUAAGCAUAAAUACAGGCUUUUCAAAUGGAUAACUUUAAGUUGAUUUAUAUAUACACUCAAAUAAAGAAUAAACUGUAAAUAGCUAAAUAAACACAACCUCCCGUCAGUGCCACACAUUUUGAAUGAAAUGUUUGCAGAGCUGUUUGUACAGCUGGGAGAAACUGAAAGAGAAGUGUCUUUAAUGAAAAAUUGGUAGGAUCUUCAGUAGGACGCAGGUGAGGAUUUUUCAGUUUUCAUCUGUAUUCAGCAACAGAAAACUGGUAUCAGUGUGGUAUUUUGUCCGGUCUGUCUCCUGUUGUACUUCACAGUGCAAUAAAAUACUUAAUUACUGAAGACACAACACAACCGGAUACAAUACACUACAGCAGUAUAGUACAUUAUUAAUUGACAUGAUUUGAGUAAAUACAAGAUGAUAUAAAGUAUCAUAUAUGAAACUAUAUGAUACGUACAAUACAAUAAAAUACGAUAUUAUAUAUAAUAUUGUACAAUAACAUAAACAAUACAAUAUAAUACAAUUUAAUACAAUAAGAUAUGUUAUGAUACAAUAUGAAACUAUAGAAUACAAUGCUAUGCAAAAGAAUAUAAUGCAAUACAAAAUAAUACAGUACAGUAUGGUACAUUAUGAUAAAAGAUUCAUUUCAGUAUGAUUUGACAUAAAAUGAUAUGAUACUGUAUGAUACAAUACAAUACAGUAAUAUAUAUACUAUGAGAUAUGAUAUGAGUUGAUCCAAUUCUAUACAAUACAGUACAAUAUGAUUUGAUAUGAUGAUACAGUGCAAUUUGAUACAAUACUAUACCACAUGAUACAAAACACUACAAUACUGUACCGUAUGGCACAUUUUAAUAUGACAUGAUUCUAUAUGAUAUGAUAUGAGAUGAGAUAAUAUGAUAAAAUAGGAUAGGAUAUGAUAUGAUAUGAUAAUAUGAGGAAAUGAUGUAUGAUAUAAUAUGAUAUGAUAUGACAUGAUAGGGUAGGAUAUGAUAUAAUAUGAUAGGAAAGGUUAGGAUAGGAUAGGAUAUGAUAAUAUGAGGAAAUAAUAUACUAUACUAUAUAAUAUGAUAUGAUAUGAUAAUAUGAUGAAAUAAUAUAUGAUAUGAUAUGAUGAUACAAUAUAUGAUCCUUUAUAUAAUGUUAUAAUGAAAAGGCUCAAUAUGAAAUGUAGGUUGCUGUACAAUAUAAGAUAUAUAAUAUGAUAUGAUACAUGUUAACAGGGAACCACAGCAAAGGAAACACACUACAAACAACAUAUAUUAUAUAUUACACAUAUCGCACAACAUCUGCAAAAAACAACAUAAAUAAUAAAACAAGAUCAGAAGACAAGAUCAUCCUGACAAGCAACACAGCCUGAAGACACAUUAUGUAGAAUCUGACUGAGGUGGGCACAGAGGAGUUUUUAAAGAGGGCUGUGUUUGAGCUUCCUGAUGGUAAGAGCUCGUGCUCAGAGAGGAGGAUGUGUGAUCAGACAACACUCUCAGCUCCUGCCUCAGGACAGACUGCUCAUAUAUCUGAGAGAGGGAGAGGUUUCCAGUUUGUCCUCAGAUCUUUGAACGGCAGUCUGAACUGAACCAGCGAGCUCAGGUUUGAACCAUGCGGCGAGGUUGGCGUUCAUGAUAGCAUCCUAUACCUGGUUAUUAUCCUCUCCUACACACACUGGUUAAACAAGAGCCUGAAGUGAGAUCCUUGCUAGUAAGUUUAAUUUGGAUUUCUCUAACCUCUUAAAAUGAAUAAAAAUGUGUUUAUGGGUAAAGUUAAAUCUAAGGUCUAGAUGUUUUUCUCUUCAGUGAACAUUUUGGGAGUGUAGUUAGCGGUACAUCUUUCUGAUCAUGCCAGAAGGGUUUAAGUUUUAGCUUUUGAAGGAGUUUGGCUCAUUUUGAGUGGAGAAUCUUCUUAAAUCCUCUGUCUCAUCUCAAACUUUAGCUGGAUGCAGAAAAGAUAAACAAAUGUUCCUUUGCCUGAACUUUCUUCAACACUUGUUAUCCUUGACUUUGGUUCAGACAAGUUCAGAAACAGUCCACAAGUAUGCAAAUCUCCUCAAAGAUCAGUGUUAAAGCUUAAAAACUUUUUCAAAGUUUGGUUUCCAAACAUCAACACUGAGCAGGGAGGGAAACAAUCUGUUUUAACAGUGAAAACUCCGCUAAUUGUCUUUUUUUUGUCAGAAGAAGAAUGACAUAAAGACAGCUGGCUGCAGUUAAUAAGAUUCAACAGAUGCAGAGGAUCGCCUCAGUAAUGCUAAAGAGUUUCUGUCUAUUUAUGAGCUGAAGAUGGCUCCAUUUCCUCAGCUUGUAAUCAGUGUUAAUUUUGUCCUCAAUCAUUGGCUCGUUAAUAAUGCAAAGAAAGGCUCAAUGAUGGUGAUGUUAGCCUCAGAUGUUCCGCUAAUAACUGAGAGGAACGGUAUCGACCGCCCAGACAUUGAUAUAAGUUUUAAUACUCUGAACUCGCUCUGUUACAAACUUGAGCCGCAGAGUAGAGAGCUGCUCUGUGGAGGAAAAAUGUGCGGUACUUCACAGCACUUGAUUCAUCUCCUUCAUUACGUUUCAGGGGUGAAGAUUCGGCUUUUUGUGCCUCUAUCUGACAGCCAAGUUAUUCAGUCUGAGAAUUCACGAUCUGAAAGAUUAAGAGAUUAACUCAGGAGUUUCUACUCCUCAUUACCUCUCAAGGAAACCUUGGGCCUUUGUGUCUUGUUUACUGCGCAGUUAGCCUGUGAUUCAAAAUACUCCAACCUGCUGAGUAAUAAAUGAGUACAACGAAGGAAAACAUAACAAUAAUGAAUGAACAUGAGAUUCAGAGCAUGUUGUCUCCGAGCCAAAGACUACGUCUGAUGCAAGAAUUACGACACAUUUUGCAGCUCCGAUGUGGUACCCCACCCCGACCCCUAAAAGCAAUCAUUAGCAAUAACUGCAGGUGUUUUCCACCCUGUAGACUUAACUCAUGUAGAAAGAUACAGUUUAAAAAUACAAAACCAUCUCAUAACAUCCUUCUUUGCGGCUAAAACUGGAGACAGAUCCCGUAUUUCAUGAAGAAGGAAGUAUUUCUCAAACAGUGGAAACUGUAAAAAAUAUGAUAUUGAGAUUUUUUAUUCAUCUCAUGUUGGUGCAAAAGUCACCUAAAGUACAUUUGCAUCAUCCUAGAUAUCAAAUGGAGGUCUGAAUGCAGAUUUACAGACAUUUAAUGUGAAAAAAAUUAAAAGCCGCUGAUAAGAAGUCGGCUGUAAACCAACUUGUGUCUCUCCCUGUCAAAUAUAUCACGCUGCUGCUUCUUCUUUUGAACUUAUCAAAUUGCACCGGACCACCUGCAGCCUCACCGCACUCUUAAGUUCCUGAAAUCCACCAACAUUUCCCCAAAAAACAAUUUGUCCUUCCAGUCUACGGUUGCAUGAUUCACGUCUCCUCCACCAGCGUGCAUCACGUUCAUCACGUUUCCUGAAAAGCCGCUGAUCGAGGCUCAUUAAGAGAUAAAACGUUGUGGGAUCAUCGUCUCCGCAGAAGGCUGUUAGCAUGCAUGCAGCAUUAUUUGUGGUUUUAUGAAUUCCUGCUGGGUGGAAUACUCUGAGGAUUAGACUAAUGAGGCUCAUCACCUUGAUAAAAACAGAGAGGAACCUGAGUGAUUUGUUGAUGUGACUGUUCCAAAGCUGCUGGCAGGAUUUUUCUAACUGUGUGAAUGUGGCUCUCGCUCGCGUGUUUCGAAUCAUCAGUUUGGCUAUUAUCCCAUCUGAGGUGUGUGCCCAUUAAGUAAAUGAAUAGGCAUAAUUUGGCAAUAAACAUUAGUGUUUGGAUAAUUUCACCAGUGUUUAUCCUGUUACAAGUCUGUGUAGGAAUGCAACAGCCACAGGCAGCAAGAAGAUAAUCAGUUCAACUCAGCUGUACUGCAAAAUAUACAGAUUUUUGUACAGACUGUUUAACAUUAUAUUUGUAAGUUUGAAAAUAAAAUAUUUGUUUACUGUAGCAUCAGCAGAUAAUGUAGAAGGUAUUCUCAGUACUAUGAGAUGAGAUGUCGAGGAAAACAGCACUGAGACAAACAAGGAAUGUGAAAACAUACAAAGAGCUGAGGAUAAAGGACCUCAACCAAACUGAAGAAAACAGACUUUACUGUUCUGUUACACUAUACUGUGAUAUAAAUACUACUUUAUGGUAUACUAUACUACACUAUACAAACAAACACUAUACUGCAGUAUACUAAACAAUGCUAUCAUUUACUAUACUAUACUAUACUAUACUAUACUAUAGGAUAGUAUACUCUAAUGCCCAAUUUGAUACUAUACUAUACUAUACUAUACUAUACAGUAGAACGCUGUCAUAUACUUUUUUGUAGAAUGCUGUGAUACACUAUACUAAUCAUUACUAUAUUGUUCUGUACUAUACAAUACUAUAAUAUAAACUGCUGUGAUGUACUAUACUGUACUACACUAUACUAUGCUAUACUAUAUUAUAUUUAAUUAUACUAUACUUUAUUAUACUAUACUGUACUAUACUAUUCCAUACUACACUAUCUUAUAGUAUGCUAAAUUAUACUAUACUAUACUAUACUGUCCUAUAUUACAGAUGCUAUACAAUAUGAUACUGUGCUAUACUAUACUAUACAACACUAUUCUAUAUUAUGCUAUAUUAUACUAUACUAUUUGAUACAAUGUUGAGCUUUACUACACUGUCCUAUACUAUACUAUGCUGUGCUUUACAAUACUGUGCUAUACUUUACUGUAUUAUACUAUGGUGUGCUAAACUAUAGGAUACUGUGCUAUACUGUAUUGCACAUAAUGUACUCUAUUAUACAAUUCACUUUAUUGUAAUAUACUGCACUAUACUUUGAAUUGCAUUUCUAUAUUACACUUAUUUUGGAUCUUAAAGUUUAUGUGAUUACUCUGAUAAAAAACUGAGAAAACUUACAGCAUCUUACAGCACUCUUUAAAUAUUCAUGUACAGUUUAUUAGUUUAGUCCAGUUUUUUGAGUUAUAUCAUCUCAUAAUUCGGAUCGUUAUAUGAUAAACUACUGCCUAAAAUGUGAAGGGAGAUGUGAAAUGAUUAAAAGUUUUAAUGAAACAAUUGAACAAAGCUUCUUUGCAACAGUGAUUUGCCUCUUCACACGUACGUGUGCUCAUAAUUAACGGAUCCUUUAGUAUCUUCCAAGUGUUGUACAAACUUGGUCUGAAUUUCCAGGAAUCUCUGCCCAAAAAAGAGUUCAUUAACACUAGUCGAAGUUUGGCACGUACAGAUUAGCGUUUGGCAGUUAGCUAACUGUUGCAGAGGAAGAUGGCAUAGAUUGGUGACAGAAAAGCUCUAUAGGAAUAAAGUUUUUUUUUUUGAAGAUUGUAUGAUCUUGCAAUGUAAUAUCAAUGUUUGUUCCAUAGAUUUUCUUAUGAUAUCUUGAUAUCUUCAUCACUGAUUGGCACCUUAUAUUUGAGCUCCUUUUAUGGUAUUGUGUCAUUUUUUCAUCAGUUUCUCAAACCACUGCUCUGAUUACUUUUCUCUGUGCUAUUUAGCUUUUCUAGUUUCAGGAUAUCUGGUGUUACAGCUCAGAUUUCUAACAUUAUAUACUAAAAAUGGAGGUAGAGGGAGAGUAUGUUUUGAUAUUUGUAAGACAAAAAGUCCCAAUUAGACAAAUCUCUGGUAUUAGAGACCAGAAGUUAGUCUUGAUAAGCCGAUCAGAAAAGCCAACAGCAGCUACAUCUACAGAAUAACACGUAUGAUACCCUCCUUGUAGAUGUGAUAUACCAUAAUAAAAGAGUACAGUUGCAUUAGAUAUGGUACUAAAUAAACAUGGACAUAUAAGACUUCUAAAUACUGAUUUUCAUCCAUUACAUCAUGUACUAAAUCAAACACACGCUCAGAGACUCUCACUGGUCCUUUUUGCCAAAAUGAAAUCUCUCACCUCUCAUGGGAUUUUUUCCUGCUGGCAGCUGGUGUUUAACACUCUCUCACACACACAUAUCUCAAACUUUUGGUUACUGUCUCUCAUUAUUUCACUUCCAGCUCAUAAUGGACCCACUCCAGCAAGAAUAUUUAGUACUGGAAAUGUUUUCAGAGGGAAGCAGCACGCUCCGCCACACAGGGACUGUAGUAUUGGCGAUGUAUUAUUGAUGUCUUCUUCUUGUUUUUCUUGGGCUUGUUGUUAUUUUGCCAGAACACAACAGUAAUUGCUCCUCUGGGAUUGAGCUCGACGGGAUUUAUUACGCUCGCACUCCAAGAUUUAACAGGCAGUCUGUAGACUGGGAGGAAGAAGUUUUUGCGUCGGUGUAGGAAAUUGCCUGUUUGCCCUUGUUCACAACCGACUUGUCAUCUCGAGUUUGACGGUUAACAGAGCGCCUGAGUGCCACAUUAAGAUUUCCUCCCACCGUCCCUAACCGUGCAUAUAUUCUGCUUCACGCUAGGAUUAUGCUGCACCUUUUAUCUCUUCAGUUUCAUUUUCAACUCUCUGUGUCUUGCGCAGAAAAAGGGACUUCUUGCAGAAAAAGGGUGGACGUGAUGCGAAUGUGAAGAUGCGGCACACGUCUUCCGCUCAGAUGUUGAUAUUCUCGCCAAAAUAUCACCGUCUUUUAAUUGAUUCAUGCUUCGUUCAGCAUGCUGUAUAAGCCUGAAAGCGCGCUGAUCAGUCCUGAGAAACUGAUCUGAAAGUCACUGUGGGAACAUCAGCCUGACGCAUCGAUAUACUCAUGGAAGAUGGAGGUAAAAACGAGUUAGCUUGUAGGUGUCAAAACUCCUGAAACCCAGAUUUGACUUGAGGUGUUUGGGCUGCUUUCCUGACUGGGGAUCAUGCAGAUGUUUUCAUGAUGUUUGCUUAGUGCUCACAUAAUGAUCUCAUCAGAUUUGAGAACUUUAGCGGCUGCGUUUCUAACUUUCCCUCUUCAAAGGAUGCCCCUGAAAUCCCUGCGAGUCUCUGUGAAGGCCCUGCCCUACAUUUCUCGCUCUCCGAAGUGCUUCUUUCUCUGACAGCCACUCCUUUUUCUUGCUCCUCUUUUUCAUCUAUCAGAUUGCCUUUCAUUUCCCUUCCUCCUCCACCCGCCUCUCUGUCUGUCACGCCAGCACCCUCCCCUACCCCCUCUCUCCCUAUCUCUUCUGCCUCCCUCUCUCUUCCUAAUGUCCCUCUGUCAUUUCCUCUCCGGCUCUUUCCUCCUCUAUCUUCUCCGCUCGCCACCUCCUGCUGCAAUUUCGCAGCAGAAAAAGGGGGCGAGGGAGAGGGAGAUGCUCUGACCUGGUAAAUUGCACCUCAUCUUUUGUAUUCAUGCCAAGGCAAUCACUCCUGCGGGGAUGUGUCUGUGGGGUCUUCACAGUAGUAGCUCUCUCCUGCUCUAUCUGGGUGGAGGUUACAGGGACGGGCAAUAGCCGUAGCUCGGUGCACUCUGCACCAGCGGUUAGUUCGCUGAUACGGAGCCAAUUAAAGUAAAGCAGUGUGUGUCGUAACAAGAAGCAACUCGUUUCCCUUCACACCCCUGUUAGCUUGUUGGGAUGCUCGGCCCAGUCCUCCCUGCAGCUCGUACUCAUCACAUGUGCACAGCGGCCGCUUUCCUCUGAGGGUGGGUAGCACGACUGCAACAGCGACCACAGGCUGUAAGACCUGAUUUGCAUAAAUCUACUUCUCUAUUUGUCAAGCAAAAACAGUGAUAUUGAAAACCUGGAGGAAGAUCGAGCCAUAUCUCGAGUAAAAAAAAGACACAUUUUAUCAUCUAUAUGCUACGGCGAGAGCACGUGUUUGACCAAAGCUGGUAUUGUUUAACGCUUAAUUUUGUAGAGUGUAAUACUAGAGUGAAGAGAUUUUUGAGCGAGCUGUUUGUGGCUCUUAAUUUGAAUGGAAUUUAUUUUGGUUAUACAUCAUGUUAUGAUGACAAAGCAUUACAAUUUGUUUGAAUCUAAAACUACUGAAAACAAAAUGCAAAACAAAAUAUUAAAUAUGUCCUCUGUGAUUUCACUCAGUAUCCUCUACACAAUCAUUUAACCAAAGAGGAGCAGGCUGAAGCCCAAAGGAUAAUUGAUACCUCUGCUAAACAAACCAUAGGAUGUCCCAGAAUAUCAGCAAAUAUCAGAAAAAUAUUAACUUAGCAAAUAUUAGCUUAAAGGUGUUUUAACAGCAUGUUCACAUAUUAUCAUACAAUGUAUGUUGUUUUUUUUUACUAGGGUAAUAAACCUUUUAAAGUCUAGAAAUUUAAGGUUAUAUAAGUAGUUUUUAUUAUUUUUAUAUGUAUAUUUUAAUAAGUGUCUCAUUAUCCAGAACCAGAUUCUGUCCCAUUUGGAUUUGGACCUUUUAUAAAAGCCAGUGUCUUCUCCUAACAGGGUACAUUUUUUGGCUUUACAGCUUCUGUGGAAACUUAAAGUUGUGGUUAAUUUUGGCGCCCCCUGUGGACAAAGCAGUCUUUGCUUACCUUGUCCAGACUUCAUUUAUAGAUGACUUGUUUCUUUCGCUGCUCGGCUGACAGCUUCAGGCAUGGAAAAAUUACUAGAUACAUAUCACUUAGUUUCUUGCUGAUGGUCUUAUCUUAAAAAGGCAUGUGUGUAUGGAUCUAAGUCUAUUAUGUAAACAUGAAAAAACUCCUUAUAGUAGCUUUAAGUGUGCCUUCUUUUUGAAUCAGUGAAAGAAAACCAGCAAAAUGAUCUGUAUCUUGUAGCUAUAGGUAGCUCCAAACCCUGACCCUGUGCCUCAUGUAUUCUUGUACUGUGGUGAUUUAUAGAAGCAGAAAUGUCAGGCACCAUUAUGAGACCAAAUAGCAUAUGUGUUGAACAAUCACUGAAGGUUUUAAGGGUCUUAAAUUAUGUGUAUUAGGGUCGUAAAGGCAAGUUUUAGACUUUUCAAGAAACUCACAUUUUUAGAAAGUUGUUAACCGCCGACGUUUAUCCAAAAUUUAUACAUUUAAUAGGAAUGUAUAAUACAGUAGUCCGACAUUAUAGCAGUAUUCGUACUUCCGUGUCUUGAAUGUGAUGUUCAAGUCCUCCAUUCUCACACAGAGCGAGGUGAGGAGGGAGAACAGGAGGAAGAGGAGGAGAAGGUCAUAUCAGGGGAAAGAGAGAGAAAACAACGAGGAGCAGCAUUCGUCUUCAUCUUUUGGUGCAGGUGGUGAAGGGAGUUAAGGUUUAAUGACACAGAGUCGUGCCUUCAGGCCAGAGUCGGGCUGCACACGAGCUGCUGAGGUUGUUUGGUGUUUGGGAUACAAGAGCAUUUUUGAUCGGGGAGGCAGAGCGGCGGAGUGGAGACAGACGAGAAGCUGUGAUUGAGUGUGGGUGGACUCAAUAAAAAAAGAAACACCUUUAUAAUAAAAUCUAGCUCUGUCACUGAUAGAGAUUAUCCUGCUUCUUGUGGUCCUUUUUAAGAGUAUAAAAUGUUGUUUUACAUUUUUAUUGCAGUCUUUAUGGGUCUCUUGACAACGCUCUGCAUAAAAUCGCUGGAAUAAGUUGUUUUAAACUCCCGUCUUUCUGUGAAGGACCCUUUUCAAAUGACGCCUUAACUUGUUGAGGGCUCUCGUCAUAAAUUUUGAGUCGUUCGAUAGACAAGUGAGAGAUGAUUUCACUUGAGGCAAGGAAGUCUAACAAAGAAAAAUGGUUAAAAAGGGAAAAUAGUGUUUUUUGUGUGUCUUAUUGAAGCUGUUAUCUCUGGAGUUUGUCUGUGUAGUUAAAAGAAAACCAGUCUGAACUGGUUUGGGUCAUUGUAUCAAAUUCAUCUCACACUCGGCGCUCAGACAAGAUAGGGUUUGAUGGUUAUAGAUAAAUAUUGAACCAGGCGAGCCCGAACUGUCAACAGUGUAUUAGAGCGAUCCUGCAGUUUGUUUUUCUGGUGGACUGAUAUUUGUAGAAAACCGCACGAUAGAACAAUAAUGACUUCUCCAUCUCCAAACACAGGGCUGCAGGGUUUUUGCUGGCCGACUCUGAACAUCUGCAGGAUUGUGCAAAUUCUGUGCAAAUGAAAAAGAAACAGAGCAAAUAUUUGAAGCUGUUAUUUGACUUCAACUUGGGACUGGUUUCACGUGUCCUAUUCUUUAAACCAUAGCUGAUAAAUAAAAGACGUGACAUUUGAAUAUAUAUUUAAUUUUAAUUGUGAUUAUUGCAGAACAGCUGUUCAUAGAUUACAGAAGGUAACUGUUAGCUUUGCUGGUGAGCUCUGGUCACAUGUUGAGAAACUUAAAGUCCCACUCAGGUCUUUUUUUUCCCACUACUUAAAGUGUUAUCAGUAGGGGUGUCCCAUACAAUACGAUAAUGUAGCCUUCAAUAUUGACCAAUACCGGUAUUGAUCCGAUAUUGGCACAAAAUUGUGCAUGACAAGUUUUUCACUCAGCUGCGACGUCUUUUUCGGACUUCAAUAAAAAAUACUGCCACACGGCCGGAAUCACUCCGACUCCUUGCUACUUUGUUCGUACCUUAGUACACUCUGUUGUUGUGUGUGCUCAAGUGGGCUUAGAUUGCUGGACCCGGGUGCUGCUAGAUCGAGGAGCUGGAGAGGAGUCUGGAAUGGACUGCCUGUAUUGGAGUACUGAUAUCGGAGAUGAUAUUUUAGAUGCAGGCUGAUAUAAUCUGAUAUUAGUUUUUUUGCUGAUAUCAGAGCGAUAUCCGAUGCCAAUAUAGUAUUGGGACAACCCUAGUUAUCAGUGGUCUUUAGAUUGUGAUUAUUAAGUCUUUAGCCAAGAGCUCCAGUAGCUCAUUAGCAAUUCGCCUCUGAGUCAUGGGCGGAGACAGCGCUGCUCUGCACACUUCUCUUCACGUUAGCUUGCAGCCUAAGAUUGCCGGUUUAGAUGAUAAAAGCUAAUAUUGAUCGUCCUCUCUACUUUUCCGAGUCUGGCCUGCAGAGUGGGGUGCUGGGGGUGGAGCUUGGAUUUGCUACAUAGGAAAUCUCUGAACCUGCCAUUUCAGAAAUGCAGUUUAGCACUUAUUUUUCUCAUGACAUGUCCUGUAGCAUCAGAAAAAAGAUUUUCAUUGGAGUGGGUCUUUAAGUCUUCCUUUACUUGAACUAAGUCCUCACAUAUCUUUAAAUUCUGUAUCCAUAACAAAAACUUGCAAAAUGACUAAAAACUGAUAGAUAUACUGCAGCACGACGGCCAUUAUGUCAUGGAUAACUCUUUAUGAUGCAAAAGCUGUUUCUUAGUCAGGACCGACACUCCCUCCUGCAGCCCAGACAUCAAUUUUCGAAGGCGCUGACCUGGACUUAGCGCGGCCCGAGACAAUUAUGACUCAUUCAAAGAAAAAAAACCCAAAUCCUGAGCUGCUUUUCCCUUUGGUGCGGACUUAUCCUGACCUCUGACCUCUUUCUCCAGGAACAGCAAAUCCCUAAAACAAAGUGUACAUCUGUUUAUGUGAGAUGACUGUAUCCUCCGUCUGUUAAUCAAACACGGCAGAGGAGUUUGUGUUUGUGGUUGUCAGGCUACAAAUUGGAUUUUAUGUUCCAGCCUGGAUUUGAGCUUAACUUAAAAGAGUGUUUGGUUGUAAUGUGUUUUCUACCCGUGUGUUUGACAGACAGUUUGAUGUCCUCUAAUUAGUUGAAUACCUGAACACUUGUAGUUUGAUCAAGAAUACACACACAUGCAAUGAAGAGUUCUCCUCACUCUCCUGCUGCUUUUGAAGAUCAGCUCCUCCUCCUCCCUCCCUCCCUCCCUCCCUCCCUCCCUCAAUCCAGCAGACGAGAUCAUCAGCCAUGUCACAAAGAAAGGCUCUCAACAUCCAUCAAUAAAUAUUCAUUAGUCUCCUCUUAUCCCUGAUGCUAUUUUUAUUUGUCUGGAGUGAAUAAUCGCCCUCCAUCAAAGUCGACUUCUUCUUUUCAAGGUGCUCACACGAAAACUCGGACCUAAUUAAGAGCAGAGCAGCAGGAGCUGUCAACCUGCACGACUGCUGCUGACCGCUGGAAGCCCUAAUUGCCCUGGUUUCUAUAUCCUCUUUCCUCCUCCUUCUUCCCCUUCUUCCUCCUCCUCCUCCUCCUUCCUGUUCCUCCUCGUCUUCAUUAGUCCUCAGCAGCGCUCACUCUCUACCUGCUCUCUCCUUCCCUAAUAACUGGUCAAAUGUCCAUGCUAGAAAAACAGCUGUGAAUAAAACCGCCUCGAUCCACUCUGCCCUGCAGCUCUUAACCUGCCUGUGCGUGUGUGUGUGUGUGUGUGUGUGUGUGUGUGUGUGUGUGUUUGUGUGUGCGCAGGUUCGAUUCCUCUCUAAAUGAAGUGCCUUUACAUCAGGACUGUAUUUUCUCCAGCUGUUGGAGCCUCCUGACUUUGUGCAGCCCCCAUUAUCUUUCACUCAUUCAUCCUCUCUAUCCCUGUGCAUUUAAUUCUUUUAUCCUCGCAUGUCUCCUUUAAUUCCCCUCUUCUUCUUCUUCAUCCUCCUCUCCAUUUAAUCAUUUCAUAUCAUAAAUUGCACAUUUCUGCUCGCGCAGCAGGAGCCAGCUUAAGAAAUUAACUUGUUUUUUUAGGGCAUUUUUCCCUCUCUUUAUCUGAUUUCAUCGUGUUUUAAAGCCCUUUUUGUUCCCUGUUAGUCGUACUGAAUGAUGACAUGCUACAUUAGCAUUGCUAAUAUCCACUUGUUUCACCCCGCUGAGAUUUGUUUUAACUUUCCCCCGUCGUCAGAAACAGCUGGCUUCACAGAGGACUGUGGAGCUGUUAUUCUCAGGCUGUCCUCCGCUCUGCGUUCUUUAUGUUGACUCUGUUUGGUGUCUUUUUUUAUUUGUCUGGAUGUAGGACCGAGGAUAGUCCAACACUGAAAGGUCUUUAAACUAGAACAUUCUUAAUAAUAUUCACUCUAUUUUAAGCAAUCUUGUUCCUCUUGUGCCAGUAUUUUUUUGUAGAUGUCAGUAUUAGUCUCAAAUGGGCAAUUUUAGCCCGUUUGAGACUAAUCGGUAAACGGCCAAAAAUCUUCAUCCACUAACGACCUCACAGCAGAGCAGAGUGACGGAUCUGAAGCAGGCAGCUCAGGGACGCACAGAGGAGAGUGGUCCGCCUUAACGGUAAAUAAACCAGUUUGUGAAAUACACAAUAAGUCAACAAGUUUCAGUUCAACCCACUUCACGAUGUUUACCGCUGUGCUGGUCUCGGUUACGCCGAGUUAGCGGUGAAGCACCAUGUAAUAUGCAAGCUAAAGUUAGAGUUAGCCACCCGCUAUUAGCCUUGCUACACUGUUAGCCGUGCCAGUAUCGGUAGAAUAAACAACAGUACACAUUACGUGAUCGAGCUACUUCUCUUACUGAGGCGUCUGCAUGUCUAGUAUGUGUAUGUAAAUAUGUGUACCACAUCAAACUACAAACUCUGAUAAGCCAAAAUAAACUUAAAGUCUAAAUAAAUUUUGGACUUUGCAGAGUUUUCUGUUUGGACUGGCUGUUCAACAUUUUGGUCAAUUUUGCCGCCAUCUUGAACAAACUCUGAUUAGUGUCUUUUGCUGUUGUGACCAACAUUAAGCGUCCAUAACUGAGACUCAUGGAUCUGAGUUUAGAACGUUUGUUAUUAGGCCAAAACAUCAUGUCCACACCGAGUUUAAGGAGGUUAAAGUCACCACUCAGAGGGCUGCUACAGCUAGCUUGCUAGCAUCUGCUGCUCCUUCUUUUUCUCUCAUCUGUCUGGGAAGAAACCAAAUGAUUGAUUUCAAAGAAAGGCUUUAAACUCAUUUAAGUAACACACUGUCUCUCAGUGUGUGUUUUUACUGUAAAUACAGACUCGGUGCUGAAUGUUGUUACACUCUGUGGUCAGAUCAGGCUAAUCUUCUCACACCCACACACAUUUUUAAAGAAAUAACACCAGACUGGGACAUAGAUAACAGGUCGUGUAGUUCAAACCGUUCUUAAAAAUAACACCUUACUGCGCUGUAUCGCUCUGUCCUUUGUCUCUAUUCUUCACCACGUACGGCUAACUCUUCUAACGCUUUAAGCAGAACUUAUCCUCCGAUCAAAACCUCUCUCUGUCUUCAGUCACUGAAGAAUGAGUCGCCAUUGAGCCGUGGAGGACAAACGCUCUAUUGAAGACCCAGUGAUCAGCACAUGAGCAGGCUGUCACGCCAUAAAAAGACACUUACAUGUACAUGGAGCUCAGAAUUCCCCACUUCUUCACUUUCUCAAGAACUUUCGAGAGCUUUUUGCUUCAAGCAGCCAUUAAUUUCUGCCCGUGGUGGAUGCCCAUUCUCUGGGGAGGUUACAGAAAACAAAGGCGCCUUUGACGCGCCCAAAGGUCAGGCCGGAGGAGUCUGAAAACGCUCUGUUCUGUUGUGCAGAAUCUUGACGCAGAACAAGGCAGGCAGACAGCUUCCUGCUGGGCCGUAUGAUUGCUGCCUCUGGACGCUCAACCUUACUGGACAUAUCCUCCAUUUGUGCAUCCGUGAAGACCCCAACAUCCUGGAUAAGCCCCUCGCUCGAUCGCCUCUUCCUGCGGCAUUCACAAAAUCAAUAGCAGCUCUCCAACGCCGUUUCUCCUCUCUGAGAGGGUUCAGCGUACGUCAAGUGUAAUGGUUCACUGCAGUGUAAGUCUGUCUUUUCCCCAAGGGGCCCUGCUGAGUUAGGGGGGAGGGAGGGGGAGUCGGGUGAGGAAUUAAAGCUGAUUUCAUGGCCCCUUAAGACCCCAAUGAGUUUUAACCACCAAUUAUUGCCUGUGUUACCCACGGGCAGCGGAGGGCUCUGUGCAUUCAGGACCAAACCAAUCAGUCUGUUGGAACUGUGCGAUCUACUGUGACUACAAUUGCACAGUAAUAAUGUGUGAUUAUUCCCACAGUCCUUUAUGGCUGUUAUUCCUUCCUGCUCUUUAAUUACACAAGCCUGUAGUUGGUCUUCAAAUGCCACUCAGAGAAACAAAAGGUGUGACUCAUACAUGAAGUCCAAAAGAACCUGAAACUGCAGGAAUAAACACACAAAAGUUCAGUACAGAGUGUUUUUGAUAUGCUUUUAUUAUAUAUAUAAAAAAAGGUUAUAUUCAUGAGAUUAAGAGCUGAAUCGUAAGUGAAAUACUUCCCAAAGCUAUCUGUAUGUGGAGGUGGAAGUAUGGAAAGUUUCCCUCUGCCUUUUAUUUUGAAAAUCUGCUGAUGUGAGAGAUUUGGUCAAUGAUCUCUCUUUUAGGGCUGAGCGGUAGGGUCUCAAAUCAAUAUCAUGGUAUAUUGAUCAGUUCACCUCGAUAAUGAUAAAUGGACGAUAACUACUCCACAAGUUGCUCACCCCCUCCCACAUUAACUUCGUCUACUUCAGCCGCUACAACUUUUGAACCGUCCUCCAUCUCCUCACCUGUCUUUCCCUCUUUGUCACAGACUGGAUGGGGUGGAGUCACGUCUCUGACGUAGGACAGCGUCUUAAAGGGACAUGAGACCAUAGCCUACCUACACACAUCCAAAGCCCGAUAUAUAUUGACAUGGUCAAAAUGGUGUUGGUUAUUGUAGUAAAUUUCAGUAUCAGUAAAUCUUUGGUUUAUCACUCAGCCGUACUCUUUAUACGCGCCCUGCAAACAUGAUCAGUCAAUCAUUUUUUAUCUUUUUGGCUUGUUUGGGUCGUGUUGAUGGUUCGUGGUUUCCUCUUUAUGUUAUUCAGUUUGAACCUGUUUUUGUGUCCACAGACAGUGGAGGUUUUGGAGGUGAUUUCCACGUCAGAGUCGUCUCUGUUUUUAUGCAGUGCCACCUGAAGUCUUAAUACAGAUAUUUUUCUCUGUGAACCCUUUUAUUCUAUUUUCUGAUUGAUUAAAUCACAUCCUCAGUUUCUUUGUAAUUUCAUACUGAGGUUCAUCGUAACUGCUGAUCUAUUUCCUCACUCGGUCUCUCACAAAGUGUUGAACUUCUUCCAUCUGGGCCUGAUCCUCAGGGGUUUAUUCCUUCUUCAUCAAGUCUUCGUAUUUUCACAGAUUCAUGUUUAUUCAGCACUUAGAUCAUCACCGUCUGGGAUCACAAUCGUCUCCCUCCGGUCCGGUUCGCUCUUUCUCUCUCCGCUCUGGAGGAUUCAGCCUCCUCAGGUGGCUGGAUCCUCCGCUCCUCCUUUUCAUCUCCUCCUCCGCCUCUGAAGGUUAAUCCCGGCCGCUCUGACAGCCAUGUUUUCCCUGGGUCAGGAAGCCGGGCAGGGCGAGCGCUGGGGGAGGCGUUGACGGUUCAUUCGGCUCUGUGAAGGACGAGCAGAGGAGGGUUCAGAUGCGGACAGAAUGAAGAAACGGGGGAGGCGGGUCACCUGCUGUGUGAGGGGCUGUCGCUCCAGCAGGCGGAGCAGAAAUGUAACUGACUGCUGGUGUUUUUGUACUUUUACUGGGACACCUUGUGUGGAUGGAUGAGUUUAAUAAAAGUAGAGCUGUAUCCUGGUGUGAGCCACAAGUGGGACAAGGUUAGUCUUAAUCGGCCUAAGGCUGGAAACCUCAGUCCUGGGUGAGAAAUGAUUCUGUCCGUGUGUGAACCAGGAGUGGAGUUAAAUCUGGUACCAGCUUUUAAAACCUGACGGCUGCUCCUCAGUUUCGUUAUUUAAUAGUGAAAUUAAUUGAUCUGAAUUUGACUUUUUUAAACACAUUACCCAACCAAUCAAGUCUUGUUCAUUUAAUCCAUGCAUGACGAAUCAUAACGUCUUCAUGAGAGACUUUGCUCCAACAAAAGUCAUCCGUCUGAACCAGCUGUUUGACUUUUUAUACUUCUCCUGCUGAAUUUCUGUCUCAGUGUGCCUAAAUUUAACAAAACUGAUAAAAAAUCACUUUGAAAUAUUUCUUUUUAAACGUACAGACUUAUUUAAAUGAAAUACGCUGAGACUAACACACACACACACAGGGGGGUUACUGUCUCGCUGUACAAACACUCGCUGAAAUCAGAGCUGAUUCUCGUUUGUCACUGAGUUUCUGGCUGGUGGAAAGUUUUUUGGUCACAGGCUCGACGCAGGAAUCAGGAAGUGACCGACCGAUCGGAUGACUUUUAAACACGUGUGAUAAGACAUGACGUGUCAAAUUUUUUGUAAUAGAUAACUGCGUGUGCUUUAUCUCCCUAACGCUGACGUGGUUCAUAUCUGGAUCAGGAAACUCGGGACAAAAAAAACAAAUUUUCUGGCAGUGUGCCAUAAAGACAAAGAUCAUAAAAAUGACAACGACAGACAAAGACUGAAACUGGUCGGGAUCAUAUAAUCUCAACAUUUUCCCUUACCGACGCAGUCCUGUACCACACUGAUCCAGUUAAAGGGUGCAUUGUAUUUAAUGUUUCCUUGUUUUGUCAAACAGCCAAGUUCUCCAGUUUCAGACUGGAUAUUUAGCAGGAUGUAUUUCCUGCUAAACGUUUGUUCAAAUAUGCGAAUUAACAUUUCUUCGGUUAAUUAGUAACUCUCGAUCCCUGUAGAUUCAGAGGUUGCUGUGAAACGUUUGUCUUAUGUGCCUGUCAAAGUCAAAGAGCAUUAUCGCUCUUAUUAACAUAAAUAACUCACAGUAUGUGAGUCGAAGUAGAAAAAUGGAGCCGUAGUUACCACAGACUGUAUGUUUUAUUUCUUGACGUGGAGUAAGGAACAGUUUAAUAUGUAACUUUUUUUUCCUGUUUGACCUUUCCUGACCUCAGUGAAUCAGCGGGACUGAACAGCAGCAUUGCAUUAUGGGAGUGUUUAGUCUUAUCCAACUGAAGUAAGAAAUUCAGAUGUUGACCAGAGAGUGUAAGACUCAGUCCAACCCUGACAACGGUUUCUGUUGUGACUGAGACCAUGUUUACACGUUUUCAGAAAAGUUUUCGUUUACCCGUGUAUAUAUGCCAUCAAGAGCAUGCCAAACCUGUAGGUGGCAGUGUAGCGAGAAGCUCAAACCCACAUUAGCCAAUCAGAAUCCCACAUAGCAGCAACAGCAACAACGUCACUUCCUUCUUUCCUGCGCACAAUCUGCCAUCGGCUACCCAAAUCUCAGUUUUCCUCAGUUUUUCUCAGUAUACAUGCAAACGUGCACACAGAGUUUUCCAAAAAUCUCCACUUUGGCCGGAGUUUUCGAAAAGCAUCGUUUUCAGGGGCAAAUUCUUCAUUUGCGUAUAAAAACAAAGGAUGUAAACGAUGGUUAAUGUCUCCAUUUUUAAAAAUAACCGGGUACGUAUAAACAGGGCCUCAAAAUGUCGAGUCAAACUAGACCACGUUUGGAGUUUGUGUUUGCUGUACAUCACGUCACAUUCACCCUUUCACCAUGUGGUGGCAGAGGCUGGUAAAGAAAAUUCAACGAAAUACCAAAAAAAAAAUACUCUAAUUUAAUUUAAAAGGCUAUCCUCUCUUCUUUUCAGGCUUUUGAGACAAAAAUAUUAGCUUGAACAUCUGCCUGGUUUUUGCUCACCUGGCCGCCACAUUAGUCCUGGUUUUUGGCUUCAAACUUCAUCAAACAACAACUUUCUCACAAAACUCAAUAUUAACUUCAUCUAAAUCUCUUUAUGGUCCAUUUUUGACUUGGAUUUUUUUAAAAAGCGACCGACCCCAAACAGCCAGAGGGAGAAGACCAGAUCUGAACUGUGCGACCAAAGAGAAAAAUUAGAUUUAUACAUAAUUCAGGGUGAAAAUAGUCGUGUUAGGUAAUGAGAGUCGUACAGUAUUGGGCACAGCCAGCAGGAGCGGUUUGGACUUUCAAACCCUUGACCUUCAGACAAAUGACUCGACCUCUGAGCCAAGAGUCGAACCACCUAAAGACUGAAUAUAAAACAGCCGACAAAACAGGUGGGAGGAAAAAUAGGUGACUGGUUAAAUUUGUAGAACAGUGUUGUGAUUGGCUGAGUUAGGAUGUAACUGUGUGACGGCAGAGAAAUCAGUUUGUCUUCAGCGCAAUAAUUCUCCUUUUUUUCCUCUUUUGUCUAUUUUUAUUCCUCCGAUCAGACAAAAAUAACCCCCAUAGUAAUCAGAAUCCAUUAUUGAUAACCCAGUUGUGUUUCAUCACUGAUUGCAGCUUUGAUCGGCUGAUGUAGCGGGACGCUGAUGAAUUCGCUCUGAGAGAUCCUCAACAGCCGAGUUUAGACGUAGUAAAUCUUUUAAUUAUGAUCAAAAGGUGUUUUUCUGUGCGGGGAAGAACAAAGGCAGCGAUUUGAAAAUCCAUAAAUGAUAAAUGCGUUCUAAAUUAUGAACCAUUUAUUACAUGAAUCAUUGAGCGGAGCACAGUUUGACUUCAGCUAUGUCGAGGAUAAAUCCAAUUUAGAAGAUAUUUUUCCAGCUUUGGCGGCGAGGAUGACGCUAACGGCCUGUUUGUGGAUAAAAUAGGGGUUACUUUGACUCCAUCGCCUCCGCCUAAAACACCAUAUUGGAUCGGUCACGUAAUUCCGGCUGAAAUGGAGAGCCUUGUCCCGAACAUCCAGCCUAUUUCUGGGUAAUAGCCUGACCGAGCUCCCUGAAGAGACCAAUUGUGGCCAGCGAGGCCCACUUAAAUUCUCGGAGAGACAGAGGAAGAGAGAAUAGAGUCUGUGGAGCCACUUAAAAGCCUUCUGGGUGAAAAUGGGAUUUCUGACCUGCUCCACUGGUGCCGCGGCUCGACAGCAGGAUGGGCUGUCAAGACGCUGCCGGGUGGGAACAGGUCGGGCAGCUGUGGGGGGGAAGGCGGGAGGGAUGGAUGGAUGCUGCCGCCAUCACUGCUGCUGCUGCUGCUGUCAAUGGCGAGGACCGCCAGGACCUCAUUAGCUCCACAUUUCAUCAAACACCGUGGCACCAGGGUGGUUCUCGCUGUCGCCAUAUCUCUCUCUCUCUCUCUUUUGCCACUUUCUCCUUUUUUCCUCCUCUUUAAGACUCCUCACUUCCUUCUCUCUCUCUUUUUUACUCGUCUUUAUCUGUCUCCUCUCGGUCUCAUUAACCAGAUGAGCCUGUUCUGUUGGUAAUCCUCCACUGGAUCACCAUGAUGAUAACACGUCCUCCUCUCAAACGUCCACACACAUCCAGCCAGAAUCAUUUGUCCCUGUUAAUGCUGUGAAAAUGUAAAUUUGUCACCGUUAUGAGAAUGUAAAUAAGCAGCAUAUUUCUGCAGGGGAGAUAUUUCAGGGCAUAUUAGAGGCCUCCUCUGCAGGGCUGGUUUGCAUAUCAUUGAUUUUAAAUGUGAGCAAGUGUGAAUGUGCGCGGACGCAGGGAAAGCUUAGACAUGCUCACAUACUACAUGCAAAGCAGAUAUACCCCAGCCUUAAACACAAAGGCAGUGUGUAGAGCAGCUUACCAUACACAAAUAGGUCUAUGUAAAUGAUUUAUGUACACGCACUGCCUCAGAUCAGCUGCUGAGAAAAACAACGCACUUACUAACCUGAGUGACUCAGAGGUUUUCACAGAGACUCGGACUUGAAGAAGAAAAGAAGAUGAAGUAGGUUAGAGGCACUAACUAGUCUUUGCACUUUCUACAAAGACUGCAUUUUCCAUGAGUGCUGUUACUCACUGUUGCGAGGAUGUGUCUCCUGCCAGAGUGUGGCAAGACCUUCUUUCUGGUCGAGACAACUUAACUUGAACCCUCGAGGUCUUUGCUGAUGUUCUCCCUGCCUUACCCCCAAUUUCCACCGCAUCCGGAACAGCUGUGAAAACGCCAUAUGCGCUGAUCGCAGCUGAUGGUUUCCAUUCAAGUUAAUGUGUCAAUUUCCAUCGACUUCUUUCCACUCCCCUGCAGUUCAGCAGACUCUGCAGCGGCAGCAUGAAUUCCGCACAGAUUAGCCUCUGCUGGAAAGGGAGCUGGGCACAGACAUAAAAAAAACCACCCGGCUUCCUUUCAAAAUAAAACACUUCAUGUUUCAGGUGGAUCGUAUUUCACAUCAUGCAAAUGGGCGGGGACAAACAAGUGAAAGGUUUUCAGACAGCAUUUCACCCCUUUGACACCAUGGAUGAGGAGAUGCUGAUUCUAGAAGUCUAGAAGUGGAUUUCUUCUUCUGAAAGGACACAAUCUACUGCUUAUAUGGAUAUGUGGCCGUCUUCAUAGAGACAACUCAAUAUUGCACAAUUGCAUGUGAAUCUGCGGGUUCUUCCGAGUUCUCGCUAUUCCUGCUGUCCAAAAUCUGCCACGAAAUUCGGCUCACAAACACAUUGAAAAUCGCUGCUGUUCCGUAGCAGAGCUGUUGUGGAUACGGUGGAAAUAAGGGUUAGCUUUUGAGGAAGGGUGUAUUCUGGGAGAUUACUAAUCUGAUGGUGCUUUUGUUUAUUAUAAGUAGACAUCUAUAUUUAUAUUUCAGGUUAUCUCAGGAGCUUUAAAAACAAAUCCAUAAGGACAGGAGGAAAUAUAUCCUAGUGAGUUCUCUGCUCCAUUUUCCAGCUGUUUGGUUCACUGAUUGUUUACUGGAAUAACAAUAUGGUUGUUUAAUCCACACUGUUAUCAAAGUAAUCACAGUAUGAGUGUAAGUGUCAUUCAUGAGCCUCUUAAAUAGAAUGUAUGAUAAGCUCAGUGCUCAAAAGCUUCCUCCUAAAUAAGAAAUCAGUGUGAAUUUAAUACACCAGCUGUUGUUUGGGGGUAAACACACAUCGCUGUGUUGUGUGCGAGCGGGAGAAAAGAUAUAAGGUGAAUCUGCUGUAAGACCCCGGGGUUUCCACCAAUCACAAAGCAAAAUGACAAGCUACUCAUCCCCAGGAGGCGCCGUCGCUCUCCAUUUGUCAACAAAGCUUUUUCUGGCUCCAACGCGCAGUGAGGCUUUUUACCAGAGUUCCCCUAGGUGUGCGUUUUCUGUCUGCUUUGCAUAUUUCUCUACAAAGCAGAGCUUAAAAGAUUUUUAGGGCUGUUUAAACUUCUGGAAAAUAAAGACGUUUGAAGCCAAUACUGUACAUUAAAACCUGCUGCUGGGACGAGAAAGCCAAAUAUCUUCAAACACUACGAGGAGGUUUGUUUACUCAUGAUUUUUUCUUCUUUCUUUUUCCUCAGCCUCUCAAGAUGCACUGUCAGACCUGCUCCCUGGUGUCCAGCUCAGGCCACCUCAUCGGCGGCCGUCGCGGCGAAGAGAUCGACAAGGCCGAUUGUGUCAUCCGCAUGAACGACGCCCCAACUGCCAGAGGCUACUCCCGAGACGUGGGCAACCGUACCUCCCUGCGCGUCAUUGCUCACUCCAGCGUGCAGAGGGUCCUGAGGAACCGCAACGAGCUGCUCAAUUCCAGCGGGGACACCGUCUUCAUCUUCUGGGGGCCCAGCAUGUACAUGAGGCGGGACGGGAAGGGCCUGGUCUACAACAACCUGAGGCUGAUGAAGCAGGUGCUGCCCAAACUGAAGGUCUACAUCGUCUCCCUGCAGAGGAUGCUGCAGUUUGACGAGCUCUUCAAGAAGGAGACAGGGAAGGACAGGUGAGGCACGGAUCUUAAAUGUCAGAUACAGAGGUUGUUCCUCCUGGGUUUACCUCCAGGCUGUGACCCCUUUGUCUCUUGUUUCCUGCUCCGUCUUCUGAAAAAAAAAAGAACCAUUCAUCCUUGUUUUUUAAAAAUUAAACAUAUUUUGACUUUGACGGAGAUACUAAGAGUUUCAGACGGUUUGUAGUUAAUUUUCUUCAUAUCUGUGAAAAAUUCCUGCUGACGCAGAGCAAAAUUGAAACUGAAAUAAGGCGAGAAAUUGCUGUUAUUAUUUUUGAAAUGUUUAUCCGCGGAUUGUCUGUUUUUAACCCGCAGUUCAAACACUCUAACCUUCUGUGCUACAACUUUUCAAGCUUUGCACGAACAGCUGAGCUUCUUAUGUGUGUCUGCUCUGAAAAACUAAGGGGUUAGUUGACCCAGUUGUUGCUCCAAAUGCUGGCUAUAAUAUUGUCAUAUUUAUCGCUUUACUUUUGCAAUAACAGACAGAGCAUUCACCUUACAGUGGCCUCGUCUCAUCACUUCUAGCCUCCAGAUUAUGAUGUUAAAUGACAGAUAUUUGAACCUCUUUUGUGCCAUCACCUCUUUCAUUUUCUGUCGGCUGGUUUUUGUUCGGUCUUCUCCAGAGUUACAUUUUAUCAACAACACAACUCUGUUUCCAAAAAGGUCCCCAUGAGAUACCGAUGUCAGGUGAGACUCACUUCAGGAGGUUGCAGCAGAAGAAGGAAAGUGAAGGAGGAAGUAACAAUAAGUAAUGAGCUGCAAGUUCAUCUGUUCAUUUUCUACCGCUUACCUCGUUGAGUUAGGGUUAGGGUCAGGGUGGAGCCUAUCUCAGCAUCUCGGGGUGAAGGCAAGGGACAUCCUGGACAAGUUGCCAGUUCAUCACAGGGCUGACAUAAAGAGACAAACAACCAUCCACACUCACAGGCAAUUCAAAAGUGACAAAUUCACCUAACCCCACUUCUGCAUGUUUUUGGGAUGUUGGAGGAAACCAGAGUCCACACUGGAACACCCUGACCUGGAUUCGAAACCCUGGACCUUCUGGCUGUGAGACAACAGUGCUAACCACUACCGCCCUCUGUGCCGCCCACUGGAAGAUCAUGUUGCUCAUAAUUACCUCCGCCAAGGAGGUUAUGUUUUCGGUAGCGUUGGUUUGUUUGUUUGUCUGUUAGCAACUUUACAGAGAAAGUAACAGACGGAUUGACCUGAAAUUUUCACCAGAGGUGUGUCUCAGCCCCAGGAGGAUCCCAUUAAAUUUUGGUGCUGAUCCGGACAAAAUUCUGGAUACUGUGAUCCAGAACACACAAAAAUAAGGGUGUUGUUGGAAUUUUCAAUGCUGAAAGAAAACCAAUGGGCGGCAGAGUGGUGUAGAUAGGUGGUACAAUGGUGUAGUGGUUAGCACUGUCGCCUCACAACCAGAAGGUCCGGGGUUCUAAUCCCAAUCAGGGCAUUUCUUGUUUAAGGGGGGACAUGAGCUGCUUGGUGGAGGCCUGCACUCUCCGAGUGCUUUUCUAGUUAGUAUAAAGACUAAAGAAAUAAUUAUAUAUAAAGUAUAAAGAGAUGCAGAGCGAGUGUACAUUUCACUAUCAUAGAUGUCAAUUAUAAGAUAUGUAAAUAUACCUGGCUGUGCUGCCAAAGUACUCUUCAUAUGAAGGACACACUGUUAACUGCAGGAAGAAAAAAAAUGAUAUAGUGCAGUAAGAGAGUAGACCUUUAUGAUAUGACAACAAUAUGCAUGUGAAAAUAUAACCGUGUAAGAGAAAUACUCCAAACCUCUGCAGGUUAUAGAUGUUCUGUCACAUUUGCUCAAAAUAUAUGCAAACUGACAUUUAAAGCGAACCGCAGGAUUGUAUUUUGUUAGUGUUUUUAGUUAUUGUAUUAGCUAAUUUUAUUAUUGCACAAAACACACGGUACUCAUGACAAUAAGCGGAUUUGGAGUUUUGAAUUACAUUAAUGGUGCUAAUGUGCUGUGUAUGCGUCUAAAGACCAGAUCUGUGACGGUACAUUGAGUGCUUCAGGGCAGUACUGAUGAUUCUCAGCCUCCGUCUGUUUAAGUCUGACUGAUUACUUAUGAAUAAAUGUAGUCUGCAUAAGGGAACAUCUGGUUCUGCUCAAACAAGCUCCACAGGCAGCAGACUGAGGUUUAAUACGUUGAGUUCAGCUGCAAGGCUGCUGGAUAAAAGCUUCAAUUACUCCUCAGGGCUCCGACAGCUUUUUCUUUGAAUGGACCUCACUAAACAGUUUUUUGAUAAUUUAAGCAAAUAAAUUACUUUUGAGCACUCGAGUCGCUCUGAAACUCUGAAAGGAAGCUGUAGAAGCAGCUCUGCUUAGAGAAAUCAUAAAAGAUUACCACAAUUUCGAUGUUAAUAUUUUGUUUUCUCCAACGUUGCUCUUCAACAUACAUUCAAUCAGACGAACAAAGAUUUUCAACAACGUCAGAUACUCGUGCUUUAUUUUUGUCCUAUUAAACUUAGUAACACAGUUUUAAUAUGAGGUGAUUUUCUUUUUGCUGUACUGCUGCUACUUUGACUCUGACUAAACAAUGAUGUGAGCGCUGGCUGUUGGAGAAGACACAUCUGUAGACCGCAUCUGUGUUGUUUUAUGAAAUUAGCCUCUCAAAUCACCUCUUACUGAAUUCGGGUUUCAUGAAAAUGUUGGUUUUAUCCAUCAGGUCGGCUCUGGAGUCUCAUGUUUCCUGCAUGUUUCAAAGCAGCUCGUGUUCAACAUGAAGAAUCAGUGUAAGAAAUUAAGGCUGCACGAUUUUGGACAAAAAUAAAAUCCAGGUUUUUUCUCUGAAAACUUGAUUUUUGAUUUUGAUUUUUUAUUCAGUGAAAACUUCACUGAACUUCAUUUUAAUCAUAGGUUUUCCUUUCUUCUAUCAAAACGAAAAACCACUGAAAUCGAUGUAGUUCAUAUGCCAAGCCAGUAAGUGGCGCUGUAACGCUGCUGAGAAAAUGCACAAAGACGGAAGAAGAGAACAGAGAAUGUGUAUAAAGGUUGUUUUGGCUGGACACACACAGGCGCCAUAAAAGAGUUACGCUGUGUGUCACAUAAUCGCUUCAAGUGAUGCAGAUAGACAUCCACAGAGAGACGAGUGGUAGUCAUUUACAGGUUCAUGCACUGUCGUUUCUGUUUUUAAAAAGUACCGUUUACAGUCACCUGAAACGCCAUUUCUGUGUGGAUGAAAUGUCAAAAAACUUUUGCGUUUACUCCUGAAUUUGUUUCUGUGUGGACGGGUUGAUACCGCCCUCAGACUUUUCAGCAGGGAGUGGUUUGCACUUCAUCUGAAACUGUGAAGCCGUACCAACUCCACACGUCUGACUUGCUCUUGUCCUAUUUAGCCACGAAAUUUGUUUACACUGGUGUGUGUGGGAACUGCGCUCCCGCAGGAAUGGGGAGCCUACAGUGGCCUGGAGGCACGAGACAUGAUAGAGAGGAAAAUCAAUUUGACGAUUUAAAUUUUUUCAACAUCGUCAAAAUCAAAUAAUACGAUUAGAAUUUAAAACCGAUCAAUCGUGCAGCCCUAUAAGAAAUUCUUUUGAAGUGAAAAGGAAGGACGAGGAGUUGUUGUGUCUGUAACUCCUCCUGUCACACUGCGCAGACAUAAAAGGACUCACAUUUAAUGAGUCCAGGCUGAGGGCUCAGUCUUGUGGUCAUUACAGCGAAAUCAAACACUUCUCUCUGUUUGUGUCUGAGAGGAGACUCAAUCUGACUUCAGCUCGGGGUGGAAGUCAGACAGAGGCAGCUGAGUCCGGGAUUUGGUGAAUAACUCUGACAUCCAUCCUCCAGGAUCUGUGUUGACAGUGGCGGUAAAUGUUUACAGUGAGCUCGCAGCUUCUCUUGUGCUGUUAUCUUCUGUAGCAUUAGGCAUUAAUGUCAGCGGCGCUUAUUUGAGGCCCGUGGAGCGUGGGAAGAAAAAGAGAGGAAGCUGAAAAGCAUUACUGUUAUAACUUUCUACAGAGCUGGAGGAAGUCAGACUGAAAAUAGAUCUGAAACCCUUUUGGACAAAAAAGAUUUUUCAACUCAAUUUACAACCUCUAUUCAAAAAAAGACGCUGUGUAGAUUCAGAUCGACGCUGAUGUCUUGUCUAUCAUUUAUACCCUGCAUUUAACCUGAUAUAUCCCAAAUGUGGAUGGAUUUUUGACUUAAAGUGAAACAUGUUAUUGUUUUAUAUGGAAUAUAAGACCAUAUUUGGUGCAAGAAACAAAAAAGAAAAACUGGGACAGGGACAGCAAAACACUGGAAAAGUUGUGUAAUGCCAAAAAAUACCAAAAGAGGCAUUUCACAACGAACAAGUUGAGCAGCAUGACUCGGUUUAAAAAGGUCAUUUUAGAGCAAAGUACGAUGGUGCAGAAGUUGACCACUUUGUGAGUGAAGUUUAACAAUUUCAGAAUGAUGUCGCUUAAACUAACUAUUCAUUCAUUCAAUCAAUAGAGACGUUUUAGACAAACUCUGAUCAGGCCUCAGUGUAAACAGAGACCCUGCGCCUCUCAAAGUACUCAAUGACAUUAGAAUAAUUUUAGAUGACGGCAGGACCGAGUCUUUUUAAAUCUCAGCUCUGCGUUCAAAAUUUUAAUCAACUGACCAAAGAAAUGGACCGAUCUCACAUGGACUUAAACUUGGAGUUCCACAAGGCAGCGCUCUCGGGCCUCUUUUUUUUCUCUUAUUCUACACACAUUAUCGUGAAUCAUCACGUCUAUUAACAUUUCUGUGCAGACCAUAAUCCUGGAGAGUCUUUGCUGCUGUUCUCCCUGCUUUGGCAUUUCAAGGACAGGGAGCUCUAGGGUCAGAUUUUUAGAAAUUGACCGAUAAUGGACAGAUUUGAUGUCUUAGAUAUGUGUUGGAUUAGUAUCCUUAUUUGGGUCAGGACAUUUUAGUUUUCUUUGUCAAGUUCAUCAGAUCAAACUGAACCUAAGUUUUAUCCUUGCAAUCUGUAAGAAAAAACUAGAAACUUAACACCUGGAAGUUCAAUGACAGCCGAUAAAAUCAAGAGUUCUUGUCCUCCUGUCACCCCCAGUAACUCAUUAAACUGUUGAAUUUGUAGUAAAAGCAGGAUGAGAUGGUUUUUACUCUUAAACUAUUUUUUUUUAGCAGUUUUAGCCUUUUAUUGACAGGAUAGGGUGAAAUGUGGGAAGACAGAGACAGAAGGAUUCGAACCAGCGACCACUGCAGGGGCACGCUAACCUGCUCAGCCAUCUACGUGAGGGUUUUUAUUCUUAGUGAGAAAGUUGCUUUCUUCCAUCAAAGUGGCUUUUGUUUUUGAAAUCAUGUUUUAAUAAAAAAAAAUAAGAUUUUGAGACUCCAGAAUCAACAUGCAAUUAAACUCCUCAUUAAAUGAAGAAUUUGCUGGAUUUACUAAACCAAACUGUGUAAACACGGAGCCGCAGAUCUGUGUUCCCACUCACAGCUUGCUUCCAGUCCUUUUUUAAAGACAGCCAUUGAAGCCGUGAGCUUGACAUUUCACACCGCAUUAUUCAUCCGCAUGUUCAUCAACAAGGAGACGAGGAAUUCUCCUUAAGUGAGAUUAGCUGCAUGCUCCGUCCUCCACAAAGACUCCUGGGUGACAAAAUGUUGUGCUUCGAACUUUGGAAGUUUUCUCAUUUGCAAACAGAGAGUGUGUGUUUUCCUCUGUGUGUAUGUGUGUGUGUGUGUGUGUGUGUUUAUGUGUGUGCUGGACCACCCGGCUGUUGUGAUAUUAAAGCCCAGUGGCUGUGUUUGCAUAUCACAACAAAUCACCAUGUUCCAGACAACCUGGGCCCUGUCUUAAUUAAAUGAAAAUGAGAAGUCUGUGCCUGAGCUGCGAUAGCAUCACUUUGGCUCCACACUGCUGUUUGUCGCACGGACAGGCUCUAAUAAAGAGGGGAGACGCACAGAAGAGCUUUGUCGCUACUCAUCAGAGUGUGACUGAGCCGGUGUGGACGAUUAGCUCAGGAAACAGAAAGGAAGUGACCAUUAGUCCGCGCAGUUUUCAGCAAACGCCAUGUGGCGGUAAUGACGGCUGGUAAAAUAAAGGAGGGAGGAGGGAAAACAGGUGUUGCUGUUUCGUUAAUCGCUGAAAGAGAGAGAAACUCUAGCGUGGGACACUGUAUUAUGACUCUAUGCAGCAGUCUUAACAAGUCAACCCAUACCUCCUUCUUUCCAAGUGGGAUCCUAAGGCCCUUCCCAGACCAGAUCGGUUAUGUAAUCCCUCUGGGUCUACCUCGAGGUCUCCUUCGAGGCAUCGUUCUCACAUGCCUGAACCACCUCAACUGAGUCCAAAGAGGCAGCAGAUCCAUUAGGAGCUCCCUCUGGAUGUCAGAGCCUCUAACCCCGUCUCUAUAAGGCUGAGCCCUGCCACCCUUCAGGGGAAACCCGUUCAGUCGCUUGUAUCCGCGAUCUUAUUCCUUCCAUCAUGACCCAAAGCUCAUGGCUGUAGGUGAGGGUUUGAGCGUCGAUCGACCAGUAAAUCAAAAGCUUUGCCUUCCAGCUCAGCUCCAUCUUCACUCUGAUGGCUCGGUGCAACACCCACAGAAGUGCUGACGCCGCACCAAUCCGCCUGUCAAUCCCACAAUCCAUUUUACCCCCACUCAGGAACAAGACCCUAAGACAGGGUGCUGAUUCCCACCCUAGCCGCUCAGUUCCCCGACAGAAACACGCCAUCUGCAAGCUCCAGCAGUAAAAAUGAAGUACAAUAAUCACCUGUCAGAAAAUGCAAAAUCCUUAUGAAAGCAGAAUUUAUAGUAGAGCUGUUAUACUGGAUUGCAUUCAUCCAGUCGUCUAUAUCUCAGAGCAUAUUGCCGUGGCGCUCUCAUUUGCUGUCUCCCAUUCUUUGCAGGUACAAUCGUGAAAAAGAGCCCUCCGGUUUGAGGAUUUGCUUGUGUGCCUCCUAUAGAAAUACCAUGAACAGCGUCUGAUUGGUUAGGAGCAGCUGAAUGAGUCGUGAUCACGCAAACAACAGCCCGACUCCAACACAAGUGGUCAAAAAGCGGGUCAGACUCAGACUCAAUUCCCUCAGCGUGUGCGCAGCCUGAAGCUGUGUCUGCGAUCCCUCCCUCUUCAUUAACUGCUACACAACGUUAUUGAGCGUGCACAAAAAUGACCACAUGUGCCUCUCUCUGCGAACGUUUUUAGAAUUUGAUCUCCUCAUAAUUCAGAAAACUUUGUCGAACAGCAAACAGAAAAGUUACUCACUUUAAAUCUGUAUGCAAACAAGCACGGCAUUAUUAUUGUUCUAAUGCUCCUACUUUGGCAAACCGAUGACAGACAGCCUGCUCGUAGCCUCGUUAAAAAUUCUAAUUAAUUUCUGCUUUGCGUAAACAAACUUACCAAACUACAUUUUUCACUCUGCAAUAUUUAACACUCCCUCGUCUCCUGGGGGGGGGGCGCCACAACCAGCCUGUGUCAGCAGAAUUUUCAGUUACUGUGAUAACCUCGGGGUUACCUGUGGGUUUCCAGCUCUGCAAAGGUGGUCCCUGUCUUACCCAGGUGGAUUACCAUGCUAACUAAUGCUGAAUGUAUUACCUGUUUGAGAUAAGAGACCCCUCACUGAAAAAACAAUCUCAGACUAAUAAUGAGCGGAUACAUAAGCUUUUACAGAUGUGAAUGAGACCUUUGGUGCACUAAUGAUGGAAAAGAGAUGUUACGCCUUAACUCGCUCUCUGCUGUUUGUCCUCUGUCUGCCAGUUUUGUAAACGCAGCUGUGUUGAUAUUGGUCUGGAUUAUGUGUUUACUUCAUGUUUUUUAAUACGGUGUUCUCUGAUUCGGUGAAAUAUGACAGGCCGCUGUGGCAGACUUGUUCACACACACAUGAAAACUAAAUCUGAUUUCCUCCGUCGGAGUAUCCAAAUCAGAUAACCUGAAGAUACUUCGGGUAUGCUGAACUUUUCUGUCAGGGUUAUUGACAUUUACGCUGAUCCAACAGGGGUGUGUCAUCCCUAGCUCUGACAUACUGUAGACAGGGGUGGCCAGGUGAGCCUGCAUGCACACAAAUUAAUACCCUUUAUCCUCUUUUUUUGACACUUUCUACCUCUACAGCUGCUGUUUUCCUGUCUAUAUUCUCUGAUGUAAAAAAGAAACACACCAAAGUGGUGACAUAUAAAAGUCCUUUUUGAGAGAUGUUUGUACACAGAAAGCCACAGCUAGUAUUUACGUACAUCCCGGAUAUUUGAUGUUGAUAUAAGUCUGGCUUCAGACGAGGCAAAUAGCCAAUCAGGGCUUAGAAAUUUAGGGCGGCAAACCAGGGUGGCUGACGUUAGAUAACAGGAGAAAAAGUAGGGAGCACAUGGUGGACCUGUCAAGAUUCAAUAAUUUGAGUGCUAAUGUUUGCCUUUAAAUUGUUCACCUGCUGAAUGUUCAGUGUUUGUUGGCUUAAUAUGCAAAUGCUCAUGUUUGGUUAACAGGAGGAUGCAGUGUUCACGUACCAGAGGUUGACAGACGUGGAACCAGACUACAUUUGAUCUUUUGAUGGUCCUUUGUUAAAGGAAGGACAUAUAGUGGUGGUUUUAGCCCAGGUCCAAAAUUGCCACCAAGGCCUCAUCCUUGUUUAGAUUAGGUUGGUUCGUCUCCACCUUUUCUGUUUAAGAAAUGAAAGUCUGGGAUGGCUGAUGAUGAGGAAGUACUUUUACACCAGUGUUAUAAAAACGUUAAGCUGAGGUUAAAGAGAUGAAAUUCGUGGCUAUCAUCCUUUCAGUUUUUAUGUGCCAAAGCGAUCAAGGCUGUAAGAGAUGGACCAGCUCCCGAUGUCUCUGAAAAAAACAAGUGAUAUGGACACAAAGCUCUGCAGACCCACAAAAGAAAAGUUUUUCCUCCACUUAAGGGGUCUUGCCUGUAACUUUCCUUGAACUCCUCUCUACUCUGUGAGAUUUUCCUCACUCCCCCACACCUUUCUAGGAAGAAACCUCUGCAUGCAGCUUCGCCCAGCAGCAGAAAUGUUCAAAGUACAAAUGCUAAACAGGCUUUUUACUCAAAGAUGUUUGCCUGACAUAUAUCCCCCCUACACGGUUAACUCUGAAAGGAAAUAAGGGAAACAAAGUCAGAACACCGUUUGGAGCCAAAAGGUAAACCCUCCACUCCAAAAGUGUCACCCUCUUCAACAGGAGGGAAGCGGGCUGUCGAGGCUCCCGCCUGGUUGUUCCUGUCAAGACUUUUCUUAUCGGGCCUGUUCUUUGUUUCUGUGCCUCGCCAAGUCGAAACCUCCGCUGGUGUUGAUUCUGCUGUUUAUGUGUGGGAACAGAGAGCAGGCAGGAACAAGUUUGUUGAAAGCAGCAGGGUGACGAGGCGGUCCAGAGAUCAGGAAUACAUCCUGUCAAAGUGCACUUAAGCAAGACAUUGAAUCUCUGCCUCCAUACUGGCUUAUGCAAUUUAAGUUAAAGCAACAGAUAGCAUGUGCUGGGAAGGAAACCAAGAAAAUGAAGACCCUUUGAUGCCUCCAAGGCUUUUUUUUACUGUAUUUAAAGUCCAACUGCAAAAAAAAAAAAAAAAGAUCUAUUAUGCACCACAUGGAUAUAAGGGAGGACUAAAUUUGAAGCAGUUUAAAAAUAAAUUUAGAUUCUGGCAGAAUUAAUAUUUUAAAAGGGUAAAAACCACAGACUGUAUAUACUAUAGACAACCUGGCUCCACCCUCCAUCAUUAAACAAAUUUGAAGCCAAAUUUGCUCUCGGUAUUUUCAAGAUUUUCUCCACUUCCUGGAACCAUUGGGCAGUAGCGUUGUACGCAUUCAACGAGAGAGUCGCUGUUAUAUCAAGUGUCAAUCAUAGAAAACAUGAACCCCCUAAUAACUUUUAGAAAUGGAGCUGCACAGAAAAAAGAGGACUUCAGCACAAACCAGUCUUACAGUAACUACAUGUCAACAUCACAACCAGAGGGGAGAAAAAAUUAUAUUCUGUGUAAUAAAUUUGAAAAGUUUGUCCACAGCUCCAUAGGGAUUGCUGGAGGAGACGUGAUUUAUGAUCUAUACUGCAGCCCGUCACCAGAGGGUGCUGUUCUCGUAGAGGUUUAACCCAGUGAGGGGACAUACAACGUCCAUUCUGUAUACACUCUAUGGUAAAAACAUACAGAGGACAGUUUAAGUUGAUCAGGUAAACAGUGCUGAAAAGGUUCGCUGACUGUAGCUAACAUUAGCAGAGCUAGCACCACUAAGUGUCAGUCCUCUUUGCAGGUUUACAUCCACAUGCCUGUGCUGGUUCACAUUAGUCCAACUAAGAGAAUAAAUGCCAUUUAAUAUGUGAAAUAUCUGAGGAGCUAUGAGAUCUGUCAUCAGUGCUUGUUUACAUCCAGAUAGUAGAGCGUCAUAGUGUUACAAAAGCACAGGCAGGUGGCUGUGGUACAACCAAGAUACAAUAUGACCAGCAUUUCAGGCCCGUCGUGCUAAAACUGUUGACAUCCGACAUAAAGACUCAAAACUUCCUCCUAACUAUGAACAAAAUAUUCACACAGUAUAACUAUAUGCUUAUUAAUCAAUAUGAGUAUAAUGUGACGUGUCUACCAAUGAGGAGUCCAACAACUUUAUCUGUUUAGCUGUCACUUCUGUGGUGGUUAAAGCUCGUCUCUCUCUGACUCUCGUUACUGGAUCUGUACGUCGUAAAAAAAAAAAUAAAAAAAAAAAACAGCUGUUCUUUGUCAUUUAUGCUAAUUAGCACACAUUAACAGUCCAGUAAUCAUAACCAGCAUCAUAGCUAAUAAAAAGCAGCAUUGUGAGCUUGUGAGCAUGAUGGCAUUUGUCUUCAGAGCCCAUCUGUGCCUUAACACAACCUCAGAUUAAAUUCACAUUAAGAUUAAAAUAGGGAGACUCCUGACUAUGAAGUCGAUCAAUUAACUGUAGUCAGAGACAGGAGGUGUAACUGAAGUUUGAAGUCUGCAGCUCUGACACUUUAAUUUGAUUUAAUCAUAAACUGUCAAAAUCCAGUUUGUUUUCCUGUACAUUCGCUGUAAUUUCCUUUAGUAAUACUCUCCUCAUUAUAAUCCUCUGCUGCAGAAUCGCUUUCAUAUCAGAUUUUUCCAUUUACCGUCAUUUCCUCUUCUAUCUGACGAGCCACAGCCGUCUGAAAUUGAUGGCUCCUCUACGUGAAGAGGAGUUACCGUUCAGGAUUCAAUCAGUUUUUACUCGUGUUCUGCUCUUUGCUGCGGCGCGUAUCGAGCAACAUUCAACCAGAUUUUAUUCAAAGAUAAAACACAGUGUGAAGGUCAGUCUAACACUAAUGGAUCAAAUAAAUGUGGUGCUGAUUUACAGAUGGAGGAGCUACUUUUGAAAACACCUGUAAUUAAAGGUAAAUGAAAAGGCUCAUGUGGUGUAAAUAAAGUCCUUUCCUCUUCACUCUUAAUUAUUUUCAACAGUCAAACACUGAAAAUGAUUCUGCAGGAACAGUGACAAUAAAAAGGUUGUAAAGGUUACAAACAUUCAUGUGGAGAGCGCAGCAGCAUACCUCCACCUGAUUAUUUAUGCAUGGACACACGCACUGGUCACCAGUCACAGUCCCAGUUGGGAUGAGGUUCAGCUGUGCAGCAGAGGAGCAUGACCAGACGCACAGCUGCUCCUGAUUCAGCCGAAGGAUCCAGAUUUAUCCCUGCUGAAUAUUUUACACCAGCUCAAUCUUUGGUAUUCUCACGAUGUGUGUGAGGGAGCACGAAGAGUUCCUGAUUUUUUUCUUUUUUUUUUAAACUCAGACUAAUCUAUGAAUUUGGUCUGUGGAAUACUGAUUGUUCCGAAACUGCUCCGGACCACCGCGGUUAAAGCGCCUGCAUGACUGUGCUCGGCGUGAUUACAGCCGCGGCUAAAAGCCAAGAUCGGCAUCAGGGGUUUCUCAUGGAAACUACAAAUUUAAAAAACAGAGAGGAGAGAGACAUGAGAACAUCUCUUUGGUGCUAAUAUCAGCAUGAUAACAAUUCUAACCCUCAUGCUCCUUAUCAUUUUUGUUUAGCUUGUUAGCAUGCUCACACCUCUGUAAAUGAACAAAAAAACAUGCAGGUUGAUGUUUUAUUUGUUUUGCAGGCAGUAUGUGUUGUAGUUUUCAAUCAGAUGCUGGAAAAAUAAGGACUGAUACUCAAGGUCAAAAACCAAAUCCUUGGGACUGACUCACUGAAAAGAAUCUGGAGUGUACUUCACCUGAGGUCUGUUGUUUCACUCCACACUAUUCAUGACAUAAACUUUGUUUUCAGCAUUUGGAAACUUAGAGUGGAGAGGAAAAACUUCCUUUAACAGGUAGAAACCUUGAGCAGAACCAGACUGAUGUUAGACAGUCAUGUGCUGUGACUGAGCUGGGGUUAGAGAUAUGUUAAAAAUGCACAGACAGGUAGAGAAAGAGAAGAAGUGUCUAGUUGUGUCUCAGACUAACUCCUAAAAAACAAGUGUCAAUGCCAGUGUGUUUGGACAGACCGGAUUUCGCUUUAGCAUCUCAGUUACUUUUCUGGGAGCAGGAACUUAAUUAUUUACUCAAAUGGGAUUACCUUUCACCAAAACAGCAAAUUAAAGGAAAAGUCUGCAUCAUGAAACAAGUCGAAGUCUGAGUCUUUAUCCUCCCAGUCCAAACAUGACCAAUACUUGAGUCUAAGUUCUGGACGGCAAAGCUGCAUGAAGUAAAAAUCAGAGUAUUCGUCCUCUGAGGAGCAUGAAAAGAGUCUACUAAGGACCCACGACUGCUGCAGGGUCCAUGGUCCCCGUGUGUGGUGCGCUGCUAACCUGCUCAGCCAUCUGAACACCUCUUUUAUCAUCAAGAGUUGAGGAUAAUCUGUAAAAUGUCACACUGCAAAAAAGUUUGUCUUAUUUCAAGGUUUGAAAAGCCAAAAAUAAAAGAACUGAAUCACUCGUUAAAAGUAAAAUAACCUGCAAGUGAAAUAAGAAAAAAGUGACUUAUUUUUGUCACACUUCAGAUGAGACAUUUCCCGAACUUUCCUGAAGAAAAUGCAGUUUUCUUGUAGCCCAUUUUAAAACCUUUUUUAAUGAAUACUCCAUAUUUGAAGACUUUUUGCAUCUUUAAUUGGAGCCUUGAAGGAAGAAGCUCCUGAUAAAUAUCCGAGUGAGUCUUAUGUGACUGUUUGAGUAUUUUAAUGCUGGACUUAUUCUGGUGAACUAAAGUUAUGUAAGCUCGUGAAAAGACUCCCUCAAAGUUCAGAAUCAAAGCUUCAAUCAUGUUUAUUUAUUUGAAGUCAAAGAUAUUUUUCAUUAAAACUGAAGUUCGGACGUGCUGAAACUUUCAUGACUUUGGAGCGUAUAAUGAGGACUUUAAAAAAAAAAGUUUUCAGACUGGUCUGUUUGUUCAUCUAAGAGAAAUCCAGAAAUAGAGAGAGAGAGAGGGAGGCGGCCCUGAUGGACAGUUAGAGUUAGAGAGAUUUUUAAAUGCCAUGAAAUAAUCAUUUCAUAUUUCUUUCAUUACAGCACAUCUGUGAUUAGAGCUCAUUACUCCCAGUAAAAAACUGCAGUUUGAGAGCAGCACAUCACCCUGCAGACGAGGCUUUGUUAUUUCAACUCUCUGCACCACCCUCAGACCAAGACCGCGCUCUGAUUAAGCGUUCGCGUAGUUGACAGGGUUCAUUUGUAUCAGUCGAUAUAUGUGGGAUGGAUCUGUAUUUUAAUGAAGCUGGGCGGGAACCAGAACGAUUUCGCAGUCAGGGAAAUCGACCCCUGGAUUUAGAUCAAUCUUUAUUCUGCCAUAAAACACAGAUGUGAGAUUUUCUGAUUAUCUUUCCCAGUUAAUCACAUUCAGAAAAUCAAAUAUGGUACAGUUUUCAUGCUGGUGUUCUCCCACGCAUGAAAUCCACUCAACUCUCCUCUCUCUCUCUCUCCCUCCCCUCUUCUUCCUCUUCUUGCAGGAGGAUAUCAAAGUCGUGGCUGAGCACCGGCUGGUUCACUAUGACCAUCGCCCUGGAGCUGUGUGAUAGGGUCAAUGUCUACGGUAUGGUCGCCCCUGACUAUUGCAGGUGAGACACUGCGGCUGAAUGUAAAGUUAAAUCAUGUGCUCGCUCAUGCUCCUCUUUAAGAGCUUUUAAAGCAGCAGCUUCAAAUAUCUAGAAAUUCAUAGCAGCCCUGCCGCCUGAUAAGAAAGAUUAAAACUGUAAUAAAUUCAAGCAGCUGAUAAAUAAAAUGUCACUGCAGCUGGAGGUGUUCUUUGAAUCCUUAAACUGCCUGAAUAUUAGUGGAAAAUAAGGAAGUAAACCGGCAAGAAUGAAGUCAAUUGAAUCUUUACAUACUAGAUCUCCCUUUGCUGCUUAUUCUGGUCACCACAUCCUGAUGUUUUUAUGUUAAAUUAGAAUAUUCUCAUUGAAAUCUUCUGACAAGGGAGGCACAGCAAAGACAGCAGCAUGAAAAUUUACAUAAAAGGACAAAAAAGAGAGAGAAAAAUGAGCAGAAAUGAGAUCAGAUGAAUCAGCAGGAUUGUUGUGUGAAGCUUCAUUCAGGCUGGACAGUGUUAACAAGGCAGAAGUUGAAACGUACGACCUUGCUGUGCGCGCUGUAUCAAAGUGAUGGAGGAAAACAAACUUCUGUGUGAGGUUUGUACCAGUGAGCAGAUUUUCUCUCAAGUCUUCUAUUGUUUGAGCUCGCCUGUAGUCACAUGGUGUAAAAAAAAAAAAGGGAAAAAUAUACUCGAGCUUUCUCAGGUUAAACCAACAACUUGCAAAAGUCAGUGAACUCCGGCUCGUUCCCUAUUUGUGGAGACAGACUAGGUUAACCCCUCUGGUGUCCUCAUGCCUGAAAAAUCACCACGCAGGUGCCCUCCUGGAUCCUCCUAAAGUAAACAAAACAUUUUUAAUGACCUUCUGCUGACCUUCUGUGGGGAAAGCAUUAAACUGUUUUAGUAAAUGCUCUUUCAAAGGUUUCAAAGUCCUUUUUGGUGCCCUUCACUUAGAUAGAAAACAAAAAAUGGCCCCUGGAUGCCUUUCCUGGUGGAUGAAUGUAGAAAUCCUACAUAUAUACUGUAUAUAUAUCAUAGAAAUAAUGCUUUUUGAUGCCCUGCAGGUAUAUAAAACAUAAAAAAUACUCUCUGGGUGCCCAUCCUGCUGCAUGCAUAUAUGUAUAUUUUAAAAUUUCUAUCUGGAUUCCCUUCCCCAGUGGUUAAAUGUAAAAAUGAGCUCUCCAGGUGCCCAUUCAUAGUAUGAUAUCUUUAGAAAAAUGCCCUCUUCAUACCCUCCCCCUCGGUAAAUGGGGAGAAAAAUUCCCCCUGAAUGCACUUGAUGUAUUUCAUAUACAAAUAGUUUUAAUUAACUUAUUAUUUAUUAUUAUCAGUAGACCUUGUUGUAUAUUUAAAAAUAGAAAACACUGCAUUUACUUCAAGUGGAUUAGACUUCAAUAACACUCUGGAUGCCCUCUCAGUGAAUGAUAUUGAAAAUAAAAGUGCCCUAGGAAUAGGACGCCCUUUCAGAAGGUAUAUUCUGCAGAAAAAGCGACGUUGGAUGCCCUCUUCUGUGAUUAAAUAUAAAAAGUGCCUCUGGAUGCCCUCCUUUUUAUGUUAAUAUACAAAAGGUCUGCCUUCCCUUUUCCCUACGAUUUUUGUAACAUGCAGUACAUGGUCAGGGCUGGACUCAAACCCAUGACCACUGCAGGGACCAUGGUAGACCCCAUAGGUAACGCGCUAAACCACUAGGCCAUCUGCACAUUUGUGAAUUCCUUUUUAAAUGUAGAAAAGUGUCCUUGUUCUUACCUUGUUCUUAAAAUGUAGAGAAGUACCCUCUUGAUGCUCUGUCCUUUUGUUAAAUAUAAAAAACAGUGACCUCUGGACUUUGAAAUGCCCCUCUGGUAUAAUAAGUCUAUAGAUAAAAUUGAUGAAACAUGAAAACGUUUCCUCUGGUUGUUAUUCUGGUGUAUAAUACAUGAAAAAAUGUCUGUUUGAAUAUGAAAGACAAAAAAAUAUAAUUAAACUAAAGGUUUAGAGAUUCCCUCUGGAUGCUCUUCCAACAGAUAAAACAUGAUAAGUUAACCUUAAUUGUACAGAAUAUGUUUGUGAGUAAGGUGCACCUCUUCAGAAUCUUUUUUUUUUUCAAUGUAAGUGUUUAAUAAAUUUAAAUUUCUUUUGAUUUACAGUUUUAGUUAUUAAAAAAAAAAAACAGAUCAAAACUUACCAGAAUAUGAGCAUCAUGUGAAAAUAAAAAGUACAUUUUAAAUAAUUUGUAAGUAAAGUUGUGUUUUUCUUACACAUCAUUUUCUUCACUGAAUGUUGCAUAAAUAAUCACCCAAAUGAAGGGGGUAAGUUUAGAUCUUUAAAACUCCAGGUCUACUUCUGAUUUCAGUUACAGGUGGAGGAAUGAUAAUAUCAGUUUAAGCAGUUGGGGUCGAGCACUUUUACUGAUAGUUGUAGAGGUUGGAGUCAGGGAGGUCAACAGCAGCUACAAUCCAGAAGAAACUACAAGACGCUACGAUUCUGCUGAAACUCUUUAAAGCUUCAUUUACACCACUUGGACAUGAACCCCAAUCGGCUAAAUAUGAGUGUCCUAGUGUUGCUGGCAAAAGCACACAUUUGUUUGUGGUUAGUUAAGCCAGGUCCUUGUCAGUAGGAGUAAAAUUGAGAGCAGAAUCUUUGAGUAUCAUGGAGAGAAAUAUAAAACACUCACUGUUUAUGUGCGCCCUCUGAUUAAGAAACCUCUUCUUUGAUUUGAAGCAGCAGCCUCAGGGCUUGUGUCUGUUGUUCUCUCCUUCUUCACAACCUCUUCAUCUCAGUGCCUCCGAGCAGCAUCCUGCCAGCAGUUUUCAGCAGAGUGUGGGUAGCACACACCUAAACUGCUCGGUGGGCCAGUAUACCACCAGUGGUGAGCUGGACUUGAGCCAUUUUUUACCAGUAUACCUCUCUAUUUCCAGAUGACUGUAGGAACAGAACAUUGUGUUUCAUUGCAGGAGCUGUUAGGAGUUGGCCUCGGGUCAUAUCACAACCUUAUACAGACAGAAAUAUCGUGAAAUUCAAAGUAAAAGGAAAGUGAGAAAGGCUUCAGAUGUACUUAAAGGUGGUAUUUCACUUCUACUGACAGAUAGUUUCUCUUAAAGGAGACCUGUAAUUUUCAUUCUUACCUAUCAUUAUGUCGGUUUUAUCGAGCUGCUUUGCAGGAUUUGCAUCUAAAAAAAAAGAAUAAAAACUCUGUGUGUUUUAUACUUACAUCUGUGAAAAAACUUCUGUUACUCUUUUUCUGAAACCUUCACUUUGGCUGCUUUCGUAGUGAUAUGAAGCUAGACACAACCACAGUGUGUGGUUAUGUGUGUUACUUUUUACACAACAACUCUUAAAAUCAAGUGUGUUUGUCCAAUUUCCAAAAAAAAAGACUUAAGUAUCAUUAGCUCCCAGCAGGACACCAAAAGGCCUGAGCAGUAUGAUAAAGAUAUCAUAGUAUAGUGCAAUAAAAAAAUCAUAGUAUAGCAUGGUAGAAAUAAAGUGAUAAAAAUGUCAUAGUACUGUGUGGAAAAAAAACCCAACAUACUUUGGUAAAAUAUAAUAUAUAAUCUAAUAAAAUGUUAGAGUAAAGUACAAUAAUAACUCAUAGUAUCAUAAAAAUGUCAUAGUAUGUUGAUAAAAAAGGAAAUAGUAUAGUAUGAUAAAUAUGUAUGAUAAAAAAUAUCAUAGUAUAGUAUGAUAAAAAUGUCAUAGCAUAGUAUGAUAAAAAUGUCAUAGCAUAGUAUGUAAAAAAAUGUCAUAGUAUAGUAUGAUAAAAAUGUCAUCGCAUAGUAUGUAAAAAAAUGUCAUAGUAUCGUAUGAUAAAAAAUGUCAUAGUAUAGUAUGAUAAAAAUGUAAUAGUAUAAUAUGAUAAAAAAAUGUCAUAGUAUAGUAUGUUAAAAAAUUUCAUAGUUUAGUAUGUAAAAAAAUGUCAUAGUAUAGUAUGAUAAAAAAUGUCAUAGUAUAGUAUGUAAAAAAAUGUCACAGUAUAGUAUGAUAAAAAAUGUCAUAGUAUACUAUGUUAAAAAAUGUCAUAGUAUAGUAUGUAAAAAAUGUCAUAGUAUAGUAUGUAGAAAAAUGUCAUAGUUUAGUAUGUAAAAAAAUGUCAUAGUAUAAUAUGAUAAAAAAUGUCAGUAUAGUAUGAUAAAAAAUGUCAUAGUAUAGUAUGAUAAAAAUGUCAUAGUAUAGUAUGUUAAAAAAUGUCAUUGUAUAGUAUGUAAAAAAAUGUCAUAGUAUAGUAUGAUAAAAAAUGUCAUAGUAUAGUAUGUUACAAAAUGUCAUAGUUUAGUAUGAAAAAAAAUGUCAUAGUAUAGUAUGUAAAAAAAUGUCAUAAUAUAGUAUGUUAAAAAAUUGUCAUGGUAUGGUAUGAUAAAAAAUGUCAUAGUAUAGUAUGUAAAAAAUGUCACAGUAUAGUAUGUAAAAAAUGUCAGUAUAGUAUGAUAAAAAAUGUCAUAGUAUAGUAUGUAAAAAAAUUUCAGUUUAGCAUGUAAAAAAAUGUCAUAGUAUAGUACGAUAAAAAAUGUCACAGUAUAGUAUGAUAAAAAAUGUCACAGUAUAGUAUGAUAAAAAAUGUCAUAGUAUACUAUGUUAAAAAAUGUCAUAGUAUAGUAUGUAAAAAAUGUCAUAGUAUAGUAUGUAAAAACAUGUCAUAAUAUAGUAUGUUACAAAAUUGUCAUGGUAUAGUAUGAUAAAAAAUGUCAGAGUAUAGUAUGUAAAAAAUGUCAUAGUAUAGUAUGUAAAAAUGUCAUAGUAUAGUAUGAUAAAAAAUGUCAUAGUAUGGUAUGUAAAAAAAUGUCAUAGUAUAGUAUGUAAAAAAAUGUCAUAAUAUAGUAUGUUAAAAAAUUGUCAUGGUAUAGUAUGAUAAAAAAUGUCAUAGUAUAGUAUGAUAAAAAAUGUCAUAGCAUAGUAUGUAAAAAAAUGUCAUAGUAUAGUAUUUAAAAAAAUGUCAUAGUAUAGUAUGUAAAAAAAUGUCAUAGUAUAGUAUGAUAAAAAAUGUCAUAGUAUAGUAUGAUAAAAAUGUCAUAGUAUAGUAUGAUAAAAAAUGUCAUAGUAUAGUAUGAUAAAAAAUGUCAUAGUAUAGUAUGAUAAAAAAUGUCAUAGUAUAGUAUGUUAAAAAAUGUAAUAGUUUAGUAUGUAAAAAAAUGUCAUUGUAUAGUAUGUAAAAAAUGUCAUAAUAUAGUAUGUUAAAAAAAUGCGAUAGUAUAGUAUGAUAAAAAAUGUCAUAGUAUAGUAUGUAAAAAAUGUCAUAGUAUAGUAUGUAAAAAAAUGUCACAGUAUAGUAUGAUAAAAAAUGUCAUAGUAUAGUAUGAUAAAAAAUGUCAUAGUAUAGUAUGUAAAAAAAUGUCAUAGUAUAGUAUGUAAAAAAAUGUCAUAGUAUAGUAUGAUAAAAAAUGUCAUAGUAUAGUAUGUAAAAAAAUUUCAUAGUUUAGUAUGUAAAAAUAUGUCAUACUAUAGUAUGAUAAAUAAUGUCAUAGUAUAAUAUGAUAAAAAAUGUCAUAGUAUAGUAUGAUAAAAAUGUCAUAGUAUAGUGUGAUAAAAAAUGUCAUAGUAAAGUAUGAUAAAAAAUGUCAGUAUAGUAUGAAAAAAAUGUCAUAGUAUAGUAUGAUAAAAAAUGUCAUAGUAUAGUAUGUAAAAAAAUGUCAUAGUAUAGUAUGAUAAAAAAUGUCAUAGUAUUGUAUGUAAAAAAAUUUCAGUUUAGUAUGUAAAAAAAUGUCAUAGUAUAGUAUUAUAAAAAAUGUCAUAGUAUAGUAUGAUAAAAAAUGUCAUAGUAUAGUAUGUAAAAAAAUUUCAUAGUUUAGUAUGUAAAAGAAUGUCAUAGUAUAGUAUGAUAAAAAUUGUCAUAGUAUAAUAUGUAAAAAAAUUUCAUAGUUUAGUAUGAUUAAAAUGUCAUAGUAUAGUAUGUUAAAAAAUUUCAUAGUAUUGUAUGUAAAAAAAUGUCAUAGUAUAGUAUGAUAAAAAAUGUCAUAGUAUAGUAUGUUAAAAAAUGUCAUAGUUUAGUAUGAAAAAAAAUGUCAUAGUAUAGUAUGUAAAAAAUGUCAUAAUAUAGUAUGUAAAAAAAUUUCAUAGUUUAGUAUGUAAAAAAAUGUCAUCGUAUAGUAUGUAAAAAAAAAGUCAUAGUUUAGUAUGUAAAAAAAUGUCAUAGUAUAGUAUGAUAAAAAAUGUCAUAGUAAAGUAUGUAAAAAAAUGUCAUAGUUUAGUAUGUAAAAAAAUAUAGUAUAGUAUGAUAAAAAAUGUCAUAGUAUAGUAUGAUAAAAAAUGUCAUAGUAUAGUAUGAUAAAAAAUGUCAUAGUAUAGUAUGUAAAAAAAUGUUAUGGUUUAGUAUGUAAAAAAAUGUCAUAGUAUAGUAUGAUAAAAAAUGUCAUAGUAUAGUAUGAUAAAAAUGUCAUAGUAUAGUAUGAUAAAAAAUGUCAUAGUUUAGUAUGAUAAAAAAUGUCACAGUAUAGUAUGAUAAAAAAUGUCAUAGUGUAGUAUGUAAAAAAAUUUUUACAGUUAAGUAUUUUAAAAAUUUUAUAGUAUAGUUUGAUAAAAAUGUCAUAGUAUCAUAGAAACUUUGGCUUUUUGUCCAUCUUAUAACAGUAAAUUAUGUCCUUAUAUCGACUUGCACAAUCUUGAAAUAACACUCACAUCUGGACUUGUGGCGUUAAGUAAGUGCAGUGUUGUUGGUGUUAUUGUGCUGAUCUGAAUGAGUUAUUUUCAUCAUGAGCUACUAUAUCUCUCCAAGCCCACCGUAGUUAAGCUGCUGCAGGCUUCACUUGGCUUUGAAAUCACACGUUUCCCCUUCAAAAUACUCAGAAACAGCUCAGGUAACUAGUCAAAAGUAAUAUCCUGUCAUACAGAAUUCAAAUAUGAUUAAAUCAAUUCACUACAGCUCAGUGGACGGAAACGAUGUUGGAAACGAUGUUCUCAUGUUUUAUUGAAACAUGCUGCACAGUUUUCCACAUGCACUUCUCCAGAUUUUUUUAUUGAUUCAUUGUUGGUAUGGAGUUAGAACUGUUUUGCAAUAAAAAUAUGGUUAUUUUAUUGUGAUUAUAAAUGCAGUUAAUUGUAGUUUAAAAAUUCAUAUCAUUUGACAGUUCUGAUUUAGUGUAAUUAGAUUCAAUAAAAUAGAAAUGAGACAAAUGCACGAGAUAAGACUUGAGCUUUUGCAGCUUUAGACAGAGGGGAGGAUGUUUUAAGGCCAUCUUGACCAGCAGAAGCUCUCAGAACAAAGACUUCUCCUCCAUCUAUAAUCAGUCUGCGUGUUUACAUCUGUCUGGGGGCCUGGCAGUGCAGAGGUUUCCCUUCACACUGAAUUAUUACAGAGACACUUUGUGAACCUUGACGUAGGUCCCAUACAGCCAAAAGGCAAAGAAUUAUGGGAUGCGGCGACAGCUCUGACUCUGUCUGGCUCCUCGCAGCAAACUGGCGCGGCCCUCAUUAGCUGAGUUUAAUGGUUUGAAUCACAGCUCACGUCUCACCCGUCUCAGCCAGCUUUUUAAUUGGAGGAUUUUAUUGGAGGAGAAACAAAUCUUUUCAAGUUCCUCAGUGAGAAACACAAACUGUAAAAUGUUCAGUAAAACUUAGUCCCUGGUUUUCAUCGAUUAAAGAAUUAUUUCUCAUUGUGGGUUCAGGCACAAAUAAAAUCAUGUUGGUAAUAAAGAGGGGAAAGAGGUUCAUUUGUCUGAACCGUCGGCUUUAGCAGCUGCUGAACAAUCCUCUUAGUUCUGCUAAUGAGAGAGGUCUGUUAGACUUUAAUAGAUGCAAUUCAACUGAGAGUUAAAAGCAUGUUCCUCCAACAUCGCAGCCAACAUAUUUUAUGGAGUUGAAGGGCAGAUAUUCAUGUGGACAAAUCUUUAAUGAAUGACCAAUAGAAAUUAAUGAUGCAUCAUGGACUGGAUUCUGCGUAGACGUCAAGGUUUUCAAGGCCCUUCCUCUUUUCCUAGUUUUAUUGAAUUCCUUGAUUGUCUCCCAUGUUGUUAAGCUGCCUCUGGCCAUUUCUUGGAGUGCUGUUGGUAUUCUUAAUGACUUGUUAUGGAGCUGUAAUUUUCAUUUAGUGGUGCCGUGUCUCCAGCCUCAAUUACUGCAGACGGCUGGAACACAAUGUGAGGAGCGUCUGUUCCACAGCCUUAAAUCAGAUUUUAAGUCCUUACCUUUAAUUUAAUUCCAACACAUGUAGGAAAACUCUGGGGUGGAAAUCCUUGGCGUGUUUUCAAAUUGCUGACCUUUCAUAGCGCCAAACGGAUUUUGAAACUAACACAGGUACACGGAGCAUGACAUUUGAACAAAGGAACAUAAUAAAUCUAACCAUAUGGACCAGUUGGUGCUGUUUUAAUUUUCCCAGUGCUCUUAAGAUCUACAAGAACAUGUGACUCAAAUCAAUAAAGCAAGCGGUUUCUCGUUCAGUCAUAGACUAAAGAUUACCGCUAUAGAGGCUCUUUUUACCCUCAUUAUUCAACUAUUAUUGAAGCAUUUGAAGGAAGCAAUAUUUCUAUGAGGGCUGGAUCAAUCUGUUUGUGCUAGAAGACAACACUAAGAAAUAAAUUGAGUUAAAAGUUCAUCCAAUCAAAAUCCUGAGGUGUGCAGACUCACAGAAAAUAAACAAACGGCUAAUGACAAGUGAUGAGAAUUUUAAAUAGUCAUGACAAAAGUCCUCCUGUCUCUAUAAAGUGUGUAAUCUUUUAGCAGAACAAAGUUACUAAAACAAAAAGAUGUCAUCAUUUUUAGCAAAAGGAGAAAAAAAUCAUAAAUGUGUGUGAAAAAGUUUCAAAUUAAUAGCAGCAGUAAAUCUACAAGUAAAAGAGUUGUUGAUCAAAGUUAGAGUGGUAGAAUUUUUAUUUUUUAUGAUUUUUUUUCACUUUAUUUCAUUCAGUUAAUAUUUAAAACAUUCAACAUGAACAAGGAAAAAUCGCAAACAUGUGAAUAAAAGGAGCAGACAGAAAAAUCUUAUUAAGUCUGCCCGUCUUUCAUGAGAUAUAAAUCAACUUGACACACAGUAAACAAAAGAUUUUAAACAUGAUCUUUUAUUAAAAGUUUAAAGAGAAAAGAUUGUGAAUUUAAAAGAUUCAGGUGUUCAAUUUUAUUUAAAAAGUUAUAAAUAUUAGGAAACAAAGUCUCUAGUUUACGAGAAAAAAAGCUGCAUAUUAGUAAGAUUACAGGAGUCGAAUUUAAUCUUACAAAAAUAAAUUUAUAAGAAGAACGAAUUUGUGAGAAGAAAAAGUCAUAAAUUUGACAGAAAACGUGAUUUUUUUUAAUCAGAAUUAAGUUUAUAAGUUGUAUUAAUUAGACUAUAGUUCCAAAUUUGUGAGAAAAGAAAAUGUAAAUUUAUGACAAUGAGCUUGAAAAUUAAUGAGACUAAAGUUAAAUCUACAAGAAUAAAAGUUUGAGUUUGAGGAGAAUAUAGUCGUUUUCAUUGGCGAUGAUUAACGAAUAUGUAAAAUAACAGAAAAGGGGAAUUUCAGGAGCGGUCGGCCAUCUGCACUCAAAUGUAGUUAAAUUCAACAGCUGAGGACAGACUGACUGUUAGCCUUCACUACUUCAGAUCAAACUCAGUCUGUCCAUGAAUCUGAAAUCUCAAGACGAUGCAGAGUUUGAUAAGCUAAAGGUGAGUUUACCGUUAACUGUAAUACUUUAAACUCACAAGAUGAUCCAUAUGUUUCAUUUUAGUGCUACAGCAGCUGGCAGCUCUUCUGAUCCUCCCCUUCAAAAUAAAAUACAAGCAGACGAAAACUAACACUUUAUACUUACAGACAGAGAAUAACGACUUUCUUGUGAUUCAUUUUCUUUAUUUUGCAUAACAGAAAAUAAUUGAGAACCCCUCACCCUAAAUCUAACCCUAACUCUAACCCUUUGACCCUGGAUUUGGGUUUGUUUUCUGUUUCCUGGUUCUGAUACCAGUUAGGAUGGUAGUUUGUUGUUGUUUGUUGUGAAAAUGUUAAAAGAAGUUCACCAAGGGGACUUUUUAAAAUAAAUAACAGAAAAUCUGACUUAAAGGGAUCUUAUAUAAAAUGCACAGACACAGAGUUCAAAUGUUAAAAGCAGGAUCACAUGGGUCACCUGUCUGGUUAAAGAUGGAUGUAAAUAAUGUAAUGGUGAACUUGACUGAGCUUCUCCGCCUCUCUGAACCUCCCUCUGGUUUUCAUUAUUCAUGCCUCCACACACACAAAAAAGAAAAACCGUUGUCUUUUCCAAUCAGCGCUCAGCUGCAGGUGGCCUUUACCAAAUAAUCAUCAGGAGGUAAAUCCAGCUCCUUCAGCCCUGCAAAGACAAAUCAGUUAGUUCAGAUCAGUCCCCCGUCUUCAGCAUGAAAUGAAAAACUCUGCAGGGUGUCACAUGGAGCUCAAGUGACUCAUUAAAACCGCUUUUUUUUUCUUCUUGUCUAAAUGUCAACUGUCUGUCCUCUUUCACCUUCACCGCAGGGAGCCUCACCACCACUCUGUCCCUUACCACUACUACGAGCCGCGCGGACAGGACGAGUGCGUCAUGUACAUCUCUCACGAACGAGGGAGGAAGGGCAGCCACCACCGCUUCAUCACGGAGAAGCGGGUCUUUGCAGACUGGGCGAGGACUUUAAACAUCCACUUUUACCAGCCGGACUGGACCCCUAAACCUCUCCCCGCUAACCUGACAGCGGAGACGACGGCUGCAGCUGCGCCCAAGAAGACGUGACGGGUGUUGUGGUGGAGGAAAAUACUUUUAAAGAUCUUUAUAAACGGGACUAAUCGAGGGGAACUUUUCACAAGCUGCUGGACCCUGCACAGAGCAGAGAGAACAUGGAGUCGGGUUUAACCUUGAUUGAAGACUUGGUGUUGUUGAUCCUGCAGGACUUUUCUUGUAAACAGAGCUCCACGGCUGCAGCUCCAGCUCUGUUUAUCUCCACUGAGGUGAAGAAGUUCAAAGUUGUACAUCUAUUUUUUGAAAAGCCUUGUAAAGUGAGGUUACAAGAGAAGACAUCAUUCACUCUCUCAAUGCAUGCACGCACUGCAGAUCCUCCUCUUCUUUGUGCAUACAUAUUGUGUGGGUGUGUAGGUAGUGUAUGCAUAAUGGUAGACGUACGCACACACGCACAAAGGGAGGAAUCACAGAGGGUACUAACCUGCGUCAGGGCUCUGCACAAAGCCUGUCGUGGUCGGAGCAAUAUGCGGAAUUCACAGUUUACAGUUCAAUAAAAUCAAAAACCAUCACAAUGCCCCUAAUCUAACUACGCAGAGCUGCAGACGGUGUCAGAUGAAUACUAAUAAAACCGCAGCUUCACUCCAAUGUGGCUGUAAGAGCGAGAAUUAUCCCUGUUCAGGCGUUUUAUUCUCCCGCUGCUUUCAGAGAUUGAGGAGGUCAAGUCGGAUGAGACUCUAUGGACCCCCGCAGGCCUCUAAAGCAGAUAUUCACUCCCCUGACUUCUUUCACUAUUGAAUGUGUGCAUUGAAAACUCGCUAAAGAGUCAAACUCCGCCACGCAGACCUUCCUGCUUGAACGACAGGAGUGUAACCUUACAGGAGGUUAAAUCUUAGCCCCGCGCUGGUGUAUCAUGAGGCUUUUUUUGGCUCCUGUCAGCAGUUAAUAGCACGAUUUAUACAGCUACAAGUCGGAUUUCCAUGUAAAUGCACAGCUAAGUCACAAAAGACAAGUGGGAGAUUAAGAUGGAGAGCGGGGAUGCAGCGGCGGCAUCCAUCCUGCUACAUGCUGCUGUGAGCCUGAAUCACCUCACACAGGAAUUACACCUUUUUUUUUUUUGACUGUAGUUAAACUGAUGAGUGUGUGUGAUCCGUCACUCUUCCCCUCUCCGGCUCUUUACGGUGUUUUAUGUGCACUCUCCUCUCAUUUUUAUGUAGUGUGAGCUACUCCUCAGCUGCCCUCCCCGUCUCCCUCUCAGAGACCCCUAUUUACUCCUUCAUGAAUAAGAAUCAGGUUUGGAGGAAAGGGAUGCCACAUGUGGUUAUCCUAAUGAUGCAUCCUGGCGCUCAGUCUUUAUUGAUUUGCCCUUAGCUCUGUAAUGUGAGAAAUGAGAGGAAGGAUGCCGGGGGUCAGAUACAUAGGUGCGCACACCUCGAGGAUGUGAUUCACAUCAUGUUCCCUCAGCAGAGACGAGGAUACAAGCGCUUUUCAUUCAUCAUAAACGACUUUGAGAGAUGCUGCCGGGGAAGAGUCCUGCAGACUUUGAGAAAUCUGUUCGAUCCUGAGGGUUAUGUCUCAUUUUAAACAGGCGUGCACAAUGAUCUUCAGCCGGGAACUGAUAUGCUUUCUGAACAUUUUUGGUUAUAGCCUAACGGUGAUGGUAAAAGUUUAAUAUUUUCAAUUCUUGCAGAGAGAGAAACUUUGUCGGAGCGUUAAUCCUCCUACAGAACACGGGAAAUUUUAAAGUGCUUUUACAAAUGUGUGAGUCCAUCUCCACCCUCAAACAUGAGCUAAAGAUACGACCACGGGUGCUCAGGAGGAGGAUCGUCGUUUUAAUUAUCUACACUAAGAACUGCCUGAUCUGACUGACAUUUACACUCCGUUUAACCAUGAGAACAUGUGACACCUAAAAAGAUACCGCGCAAAACAAGAGACAAACAAGACCGUUCAUAGAAAUACAGCGAAGUCAACAGAGAUACUUGUCUUCCAAACUUCAGUAAAUACUUUGCGAUCGUCAAAUUUGAUGUAGCAGCUGGUUAGCUUAGCUCAGCAUGACCUGAAACAUCUAAAAAAGAACACGUUUGUUCUGGACAGUUAAGAGUUAAUCGUUCCUAGUCCAAAUCAACAAGUAUUUAUCCGAACAUCUCCACCAUCAUGGUUUUGUUGAGUCCAAUUUGAACUGGGUCACCUGUUUUAAAGCCUCUUCAGAGUUUAACCACUGAGCUAAAGCAGGACACCAGGGACUAACAGCUUAAAGUGUUUCCAGUCUGUGUGCUAAGUCAGGUUAAGCAGCUGCUACUUCAGCUACACAUUUCCUGUGCAGACGUGACUCCUGAUCUCCUGAGUGCAUUUACUGAUUCCUAACAUCAGUUUCUACAAACACCGGUGCUUACUUAGUGAGCCGUAAACUUCACUGCCUGGAAGAAACUCGGGUCAUUUCUCGACUUUUAAAAACCAAAUGUCGGAGGUUUGCUGAAAACGUUAGAAACUUGUGAACGAGUUUGCACAGGAAGUGUGAAAGCGGUCACCUAUAACACUCAGCAGGAUGGCAUAAUUACCAGAUUAUUGACCUUUUCUUUUAUGCAAUGAAUCGCUCAGUUGUUGCUGAUCUUCUCUUGAUUAAUUAAUGACCAAAACCACCAGUGCUUCAAGAACUGAUCUGUUUUCUUUUCUUCUGUUCUUGCACAUGAUGGAAAUGUAUAACUCAAAUUAUUAAAAGGCUUUUUAACAGUUUUCCUGUGUUCUG